AUGAGCGGGAGCGCGAGAGGCGCUAAGAGCCGAGCCGGCGAGGAGGGCGAGCGCCUGGCACGUUGUCUCCGGUGGGCCGCGUGGGCGGGGAGAGGCGAGGCUGAGGGGGAAGAAGAAGAAGAAGAAGAAGGGGAGGCGGCAGCAGCGGCAGCAGCAGCCAGUGCUAGUUGAACGGAGGGGACAACGGGGCGGCGGCAGCGGCGGCAGCAGGGCGGAGGACGCCGCGGAGCCCGCCAGCCGCCGAAGGGUUGGGCCACAGGCUGAGGCAGCGCGCGAGGGGAGGGGUGGCAGACGGACAGAAAUAGAGGCGGCCGACGCGGCGGGAGGAAAGCGACCGGAGGCGGCGGCAGGAGGACGGGAUUCGUGAGGGGGAAGGAAGGCAAGGCGGGCGGGCGGCUCAGUCUGAGGGGAACGGAGGCAGAGCGGGAGGCGGCGGGCGGCGCGGCGGGGCGUGAGGGAGCCGAGCGGCCGAGACAAUAAAGGCGAAGUUCCGAGGGGAGGCGGAAGGGGCGCGGGGCGUGGAGGAGCCAUGAAGCCGGGGAAGUGAGGGAGGGAGAGAGAGAGUGAGGCGAGCGGAGGACUCGCCGCCCCGGGAGCCAGAGUGCGAGGAAGAGGAGGAGGAGGAAGGAAGAGGAGGAGGAGCAGACCAUGCCUUCCCGGAAAGCGGGCGUUGCGCUGUAGCAGCGCCCUGCCCUGCAGCCCGAGCAGCCCCAAACUCCGCCAAGAAGCCGGUGCCGCGUCCAUUGCAGGUAAACGCCAAGCGACCUCCCCCUCCCCGCUAACCACCCCCCUCCCCGCCUACGUGUGGACGCGUGCGCGCGUGUCUUCGUUGCCUUCGCACCCGCCUCUUGUCUCGCUUGUCCCGAAGCCUCUCGCGCGUCUGCGGUCGAUCAGCGCGGGCAGGGAAGCGGGCAGGCAGGCAGGCAGGGUGGGUCUAGCGCGCGGCCAGAUGGUUGUGUGGAGCUUCUGACGCGUGUCUUUUCCGCGCUCGCUUUCGGUGGGAUCCGAGGUUUGUAGCGAAUGGUGCUCGGGCUGAGCAUUUUUAGGGAGUUCUUCUGCCCAGGUGGACGCGAGGUUCCGGAAGAUGCCUUUUCCACGCAGGGGGGCUCGUGGGUGGUGGGGUGUCGACACCAACCUUGUAUCUGUUAUGCGUGUGUUUUGAAAAGGUGGGCUGGGUUUCCCGGGGAGAAUAAAUACAGGCAGGCGCUGAGAAAGUUUCCCCACUGAGCCACGAUCCUCUCUGCCAAACAUACGCGCCCCGCAGACACGCGUCUCGCGUGUUGUUAUGAACGUGCUGCUUCAUCUCUCCCUUUCCACUUGCGCAGUAAAUAACAGAUGGCGGAUAGUUUAGGAGUGAGGUUGGAAGUGACUGGCAGAAUUGCUAGCGAUGGGGAAAUCGCAGAGGUUUGGGUAGGUGGCUUGAAAUCUGUUGGAAGCAUUGCUUCCCUGAUAAGAUUCAGGACGCGUUGGCAACAUGGGAGCAUUCUCAAAAUGACAGCUCAAGAUAUCCCACCCUCACGACAGAGAUUAGAUCCCAGAUGAUAGGAAAACUUCAAAAAAGAUACUUUGAUUUGACAAUGGAGUUGGAGAAGCAUGGUAAUUCCAGCUGUCUUUUGCCAUUAUGAUUAUCGGAAUAUUUCCUUAGCACCAGUGGUUUCCAGGUAGUGUGUAAAAGAAGGGGGGCGGAGGGAUAAUGCAUAAAACUUUCUUAAAAUUGUCAAAAAGACAGUAAAGCAUCUUGUGUUGUUUUCAGGUAUUCCUAAUGCUUAGCUGCUGUGUUUUGAUUUGGUAGAAAGUAGUACAUUUGGGUUAGCAUCCAUAUGAUGUCAUGGAAGAAAUAGCUUUGCAGCUUGCUGUAUCUCAUUUAAGUAUCUGAAAUUAAAAGUCAGCUGUCUGAACUCUGCUGUGUUCAUUGCUUGCAGUUACUUCAUUGCUAUUAUGUUACACUUUUAUCUGAACAUUUGUAUCCACCAGAUGCUUUGUUUUCUUGGGGAUAAACAAAGCAUGGGUUCAUUCCACCAUUCUUCUGUUGUACAACCAGGUUCAUGUUGAGAACAACUUUUUCUUCUUCUUCUUUUUUUCUUCUUCUUCAUCCAGAACUCUGUGAGCCAGAAGCAUUUUUCUGAACUGUAUGCUUUCCCCUUUUCUGCUGCUGUGUUUAAAUCCAUCAGUGUUACAAUUGUCCAUAUUGUGUAAGGCAACAAGAGAACUAUAUUGUUUUAUGACUAACUGGAUUGGCUUGUCUGUUGUGUUGUACAUUAAAAAAAAACUUUAAAAUUUUAUGUUGCUUUAGGUAUAAGAAUGGUAAAAUUUGUGUUGUGUGUUUGUUUUGCUUUUUUAUCUGCAUUGCUUAAAAAUUUAACUGAAUACCGUUCUUCUUAAGAGUGUUCAUCAUGGAUUGAGGCAAGCUGCAAUGUGCAAUUAAGGCUUGCAAAUAACUAAUCUUACAUUGACUUUGCUCUCAGUUUCCAACUGAGCCUGGUUACCUUGAGAACUGUAGCCUUAGCGUCGUUAGAGCAUUCUCCACUUGGGAGUUCGGGUGUGUUCUAUUUGUAACACUACUUAAUGAAGAAGCAUCUCACUCUGCUAUAGAGAAGCAUAAUGGACGAGGAGAGCAAUGAUUGGCUAUGGCUACUGGGGGAAAAAAAGAAAAAGAUUGCAAAGGUAAAAGCGGUCUGCGGGUUGUGGUGAAUCAUCAUUCCCAAUUCCAUUUAUGUUAUUAUGCUAGGCAGUAUUAAGACAGUAUAUUUUUAACAAAUAUUUUCAGUGGUUGGGGAAAGUGUGCGGGAUAACUUAAAUGAAAGAUAUUUUGAAGUUGUAAUGGAAAGUUGUUGCUCCAUCUGGGUUAUUUUAUGUUGUACAAACAUAUAUUAACACUGUUCCCACCUCCCCCAAUUUUGCUAACAAAUAUUUUCUGGAAUAGCAAUGUUAAAUAAUUUUGUUAAUAUAGGCAAUUCAAUAUGUGUGAAUUGCACUAUCAUGCUAUGCUUGUGUAAGACUUUGAAGUUUAUUCAAUUUCUGUCAUUCAUAAUCAUUGCUUCUGGUAUUCGCAGAAGGUAUCAGCGGCAAACCUCUGGUGGUAUUUAUGGAUUAAACAAAAUGCAAAUUUUAAAUUUGCAUGGAGGGUCAACAUAAUGACAUGUGUGCACAUUGUUAGAGUAUCAUUUCAUAAAUCUGAUGCAUUGCAUCUGAAGUAUUUUCAGAAGUUCUGUCUGUUGUAUAAAUAGGCUAGUCUGUUUCAUGUAAAAACAUUUUUGUUCUGUAUUCUCUACCUAAAGUAUUAUAAAUGUUUAUUCUACAUAAUGUUGAACAUUUCAGUACUGUGAACCAGUGCUAAUGUACAUCUUAAUUUGUGUGUGUGCUAUCCUUGUUGACUAAAUCUGUCUUAAGUGACAUAAAUAAGUGUUACCUGCCUAAAUCAAGUUUCGAAGUCUGUUGGGUGUUUACUUGAAAUAAAGUGUUAGCUAAUUAAAUGGGGCUUACUCCCUAUAUGUGAUAGUAACUCAGCCUUCUGCAAUAUGAAGGCUUGUGAGUGUGUGUGUGCUCACAAGAAUAUUAGUGUUUGUACAUUACAGGGCAGUCCUAAACCUUGGGUAUCUGCAGAUAUGAUUCAGGGGAAAGGAUCUAAAACGGAUCAGAAAAUUGUAUAUGGAAGAGAUAUUGGGAUUUGACUGGGCAAUUCCAGAGUAGCCAACUGGGACAAAUAAUUACUUGUCUCAGAUCAUCAGACAAAUACAUUGUUUUCAGAUAACGCAUUAACACUUCUCCAUUUGCCCAGGCAUAAGGAUGUAUCCAUUUUUGGAGGACUGGCUACUUUAUGCAGUAUUUACUAUAAAUUGUGUAGAGAAUGAGUUUUAGAUCUUUUAAACUAUCGACCAUGAUUGUCAAGGAGAAAGAAGCUACCAUAUGUUGUUCUUACCCAUCCCUUCCAAAAUGGGCAGUUCUGCUACAAGGAAGGAGUCAGGUCCUUGUGUUAACUGGGGACAAUGAGAACAGCUUAGUUAAUAUAAAAGGAGAAGGGUAUCUGUCAUAGUUCUAGAAUGUGACCUGAACAGUCUAGGUUUGGAAAUUUGCUAUGGGCAUCAAAGUGCCAGAAAAUGCCAUAAACUCUAGGAGCUAACAAUAUGUGACAAGGUUAUCUGACUUUGCAAUAGGUUAGUUGUCAUAUUUUAUGCACACCCAGCUUCACAACAAUGGACAAAAAAAUCUACUUAAACAAUCUGAAAUGUAAUUUCAGCAGUUUUUCCCCCCAUUGGAUCAAGAACUGAUCUUUCUGGGAGUUUGCUAAAUGAGUCAAAUGUCCCUUGAGUAUCAGUAAGUAUAGAUAGGUAACACAAUUUGAUUUUCCCCCUUUUCUUACUAAUACAAAGAAUGAGAGGGCAGAAGCAAAAUAACUACAUAAUAUUCAGACAUAUUUUUCAUUGUUUUAGAUUGGAACUAUGGGUUUAAGAGGAAUCCUGUUCGGACUUACUUUUCAGAGAAAGAGCACAAUUCAAUAAUUUUUUUGCCUGACAUUAUGCCCAAAGAGUAGGUGAUCUGGACUAUAGAUGGUUUCUGCACCAUGUAAGAACAGAUGUGUAGUCUUGCAGGAUCAAAUAAAAACCCUUCAAGUCCAAUAUUAUUUUUCUAAUAGUGGCCAGCCAGAUAUUUCAGGAACCAAAGCAGGGUAUGAAAGUGAUAGCCAUGUCCUGUAGUUUUCUUCCACAUUUAUGUGUGUAAAAUUACACCGCUUCUGAACAUGGAGAUUCCAUUUAACUACCAUGGCUUAUAUAGAUGCUAUUAGUAUGACAUAUUGUAAGAUACGAUGAGCUUGGAAAUCUAUGAGCCACUUCACUGAAAGCAGGAGAUUAGUCAGUCUGAGACUGGCCAGUUCUCUACCAUACAGCACAGCAAAUGGUAAACCUCAGGACCAACAGAUCUGUUCCACUGUUUAUAAUUACUUGGGCUCUGUCGAGCCACAUCUGCCUUGGGCCAAGUGAUAUUGUUUACACUGUUCAUAGUGCAAGACAUAGUGAAGUGAGAAUAAGAUUGGCAUAAUAUAGCAAGACUGCUUUCUGAAGGGAUAACCAUAGCUUAUUGGAGUGGGAACAUUUCUAGCCAAAUAUGUUUUUCAAAUGAUAAUUUUGGUUACUUUUUAGGCUAAUAUUCUGAAUGAUUAGAAAGAACUGCAUUACCAAAAAUAAUCUCUUACAGAGGAUUGCAUUCAUGUAAAGCAGUUUUUUUUUGGGGGGGGGGGGGAAUUACUAAAGGUUAACUACAGUGAUUAGAAUACUGUGAACUUUUUUUCUCUCUCACUCUUACUGAUUAGUUGAGCAUAGUGUUUCAUGCAAAAAUUCUGUGAUGGCAUCAUUUCAACUGUCAUAGUCAUCUAAAGAAUGCAUACAAAAUGAUAACUGCAAAAGAAACCUUAACGUUUUAGAAGCAUUUACAUUAUUUCCACAUUAGGCACUUUUAAUUUCCUCUAAGAUGUCUUCAAUGUGAAUCAUUGCCAUGACGUAAGUAAAGUUUUCCAGUACUGUGCAAGAGAUGCCUGAGUAUUAUGGUUUUGUAUAUGGAUGGUUGAAAUUUUUGAGUAUAUCAUCACCCAAAAGGAUGUAAACACGAGUAUGGUCUCUUCCAAUAAGACUUGAUUUACUUUGGAUCACACCCUGGUUUUUAUUGUUUAAAAAACAAUGGUCUCUUAUCUUAAGAAAGCAAAUAAAUCUAUAAACAGUUUGUCCAAAUGUGAGAUAUUCUAUUUUAAAUAGCUGGCCUCGAGAGAGGUAAUUUGACAUAAUCAUAAGCAGUAUUUAGUGGAGAUAUUGCAUUAAUAUUUGGACUCAUCUUUUCUCUCUCUUUUUUGGCAUUUUGGCAAUUACCUCUUUAAAUAUAAACCCCAUGUGAAUCCAGAUGAAAAUAAGGCAUCAGGAAUCCUUUUUCUUUUUCUUUUAGUUUAUUCAUAGUUCUUGAUCGUGUAUUCUUUAAAACCUGUGUAUAAAGACUAUAAUUUUUUCUUCUCACCAAUAUAACUCAAUAUAACUUGUGCUUCAAGCAAAAUAUACUCAAAUAUUAAUUUGUUUUUCUCAUAUGAUUUUCAUAUUUUGCUUGGAGCACAAGCGAAUUAUGCCAACACAAUAAAGGACAAUGCAACUGAGCCCUAUACCAAAACUGCAUUGACUAAGGAUGUUCACAUCUUUGGCAUGGUAAAAGGAAUAUGUUGCCAAUGAAUUGGACACAGUUAUCUGCAGAGGAGCACCUCCCUUCACCUCCUUUCUCAAAAAUGAGUCACAGGUGUUUUUAUUUUUUAUUUUUAAAGAAGGCAAUAGAAAAGCUUUACCUUUUUGCUUGUUAAUGUGCUUCCAUUUUAGCCUGUUGCCCACAAAUCAGCGACAGGGACAUUAUAAUCAUUUCAUAAAUAUUACAUCUGCAGUAGAAUGGAAAGUCUUAUUAGGCCACUGCCUUUUUCUAAACUAAGGCUUUUGGAACUUGGGAGCCUAAUGAGCAAACUUAAAUGGUCAUUUGGGAAAGCUUCCAAAACACAAAAAGAUCACUUAGGAGGGUUUUUUGGUCUCUGUCUCGAUUCUCCUCAUUGCAAAGAAAUGAGUACAACAAAAACGUGCAGCUCCUCUCUGCCUUCCAGGUUACACAAUACAGCUGCAUCUGGUGUUUGUGCCAAACAUUAACCCCUAAAGCCAGAUAACUUCUAGUCUCAGCUAAUAUUGGAGGCAUGAAUACAUAAGGAAAAAGAGUAAUCUACAAAAUGCCAUCAUUUUAAAGAAAAUUUCUUAGGAUCGUAGAAGGUGACCUUAUAUCAAGUCAGAUCAGGAGAUAGCAGGGACUGAAUUUGGGACGUUUUUCAUGCAAAGCAUAUGCCUUACCCAUGAGUUACAGCGUGUUCCUUUCCUAGAAAGGACCGAUCACCAUGCCUCUAGUGCAGGCAUCCCCCAACUCGGCCCUUCAGAUGUUUUGGGACUACAACUCCCAUCAUCCCUUGCUAACAGAACCAGUGGUCAGGGAUGAUGGGAAUUGUAGUCCCAAAACAUCUGGAGGGCUGAGUUUGGGGAUGCCUGCUCUAGUGCUUGGCCCCUUUUCUCUCUCCUUCGGUUUGCCUUCUUCUACUUCUGUUGAUCUUCUACUUUUCUUUCUUUUUCUCUCUGGUUCCCAGGUGCUUUUGUAACUGGAUUGGGGUAACAAAGAGGUAGUACCCAUAUGCAGAACAGGUUUCCUUGCACCUAGCAACUUAAACAGAAUCCUGGCUCUGUAGCGUGCACCCUGAUUCCUUUGAGAGGUUCCAGCAUGUGGUUCGGUAUGCUGAGUCUAUACUUCCUACCUAGUCUUAUUGUACCUGCAAUCUUUCUCAUAUGAAGAUGUAUUUGUCUUUAAAAUAUGUCUAUGGAUUGUAUCCAAUUGUGUCCAUCCACUGAUGGAGAACUCUUUGAUCCAGUGGAGAAUUUGAUGAGCUAAAAGUGUGUGUGUGGAAAUUAUGGAAAUUCCACAAUUCCCACCUACCACACUGUACUGAAGGGUCUCCCAGUCCCCUUGAACGUGUUUGGGGUGGGCAUAGGAAGCUGCAGAGAGAAGGGGGAUUCAGGGAAAAUAGCCCCCUUUCCACUAACUCUGCUGGAUCAAAGAACCUUUAGAGGAAUACAAUUUUAAUACAAUCCUUUAAAUCUAUUUCCCACCUAAAAGAAAUCUAUCACUAUUCAUAAUUAUUAAUGUUUUGGAGUUAGCAAAUGAAACUUUAGUUAAAGUUGACCUUUAGCUUGGCUUCUAGCAAAACCUACAUUAAAUCUUCUCAUAAUAUAAUUCUUAAAUAAGUUCAGCAAAAAAUGGGCAGUGGAGAAUGAGGUGCUUGUUUGGUGAAAUCUACAUUUUACCUGCCAGCAGGUGCUAUGGCCUUUACACUUUGAAAAAUAAGUGGUUGAGAUCAGCUACCUCAUUUAGACCACCUCAGUCUUAAUGCCGUCUGAUAAUGGGUUGACCUGCAGAUUGGACACAUGUUGAAUAAAUCAUUCUGAGGACUGAGCUGUCUGCAGCUCAGGAAUGUGGCCAAAGGUGUAAUUUCAAUCACAAAAAGUUAUUUGAUCCAUCAAAGGCUUCUGUGAAUGAAAGGAGGGAGGCAUUCCCCCUUUCCCAUUCAGCCCCUCCCCAUGCCAUGCGGCCCCUCCCCCUGUUCUACUAUACCAGAGGAACCCCCAACUUCCCAGGGCAGAUUUUGGGAAAGGGCACAGGGAAGGGAAACUGGUGAAAAUCACCUCCCUUCUUCUGUGCACAGAAGCCGCUAUUGGCUAUAACCCUUAGUCAUAUGGUGACUGCCACUCAGAUGCUACCACUCUGUGGGAGGGGUGGGGGAAUUGAAAUUUGAAAUUUACAGGAUACAUUUUUAUGUGGUUAUCAAUCUGUUAGGUUUUAAGAUGAAUGGCUUAGUAAGAGUGAUUUUUUUUUUGCAAUUUCCCCUGGAAGAAAACAUACUUGCCUCACUCAUUGAAACAGAAUGUUUGAGCCCACUAGAUGUGUUUUUAUGUGACAUUUAAGGGAAACAAUCCAAAGCCUGAAAUUCAGGCAACUCCCCACUUAUGUGCUUUCUACUUAAUGCAUGACCAGAAAUGUGUGAAAGACCAGCCAUUAAGAAAUGCUGGAAGCCUGGUUUGUAGGAACAGGAUGUCUCCCCUCUCUGCCCCAACUUCAGCCACUUGGGAAGGGGGAGCAGGUAUGCCAAUCUGCCUUGGCAGACACAUCUUCCUGUGGAGGCUGGGAAGGGCUUUGAUCUGCUGUGGAAGGAGACAGAACUAAAGGCAGCAGCGACUGAACAGGAGCCCGGGUGUUGUCUUCUCACCUAGAACCAGGCAUCCUGCUCACCCUGAUAGAGUGUGCAUUUUUAAGACUAGGGACUAUUUCAUGCUUAGUUGUUCAUCGCUUCAAGUCGCUUCAAGCAGUGACUUGCAUGUGUGACCAAGUCUGCAAUCCUGUUCUCACUUUUUUGGGAGUCUGUUCAUGUAAACCAGGACUGUCCAACUGGCCGAUGGUGAUGUACUGGUCGAUUGCGGGGUGUCCCUGGUCAAUCCUGGUUGAUUGCGCGAUGGUGAUUGAUGGACCAAAAAAGUAAAGGUCAACAACUCUGGUCAUCCUCCCCCCAAAAAGCUGAACAACUCUGGUCAAUCCAAUGGGUGGAUCACUGCCAGUUUAUUUAUAGUGGGAGUAGAUUGCAGUCUCUUGGAAUCACCAAAUGCCACGGACAGAUAUUUCAUUCAUACAUCAAAGUCUAUACAUCUCAUUUCCACCAAAUACAGCCUUCAACGUGUGGCAUACAAGAAUAAUAAAGUCACAUUGUAAAACAAUAUAAUACAGUCAAUUGAUAACAAUAAAAUACAAUUAAAAACAUGUUAUUUUUAAUAAAUGGAAACAGUUAAGAGCAACAAAGAGCUGGAAUGCAGCAUACUCCAAGAACAUACACAAGCUUUCUUGAGAGCUUGUUCCAUGAGGAUAUCAGAGAAAUAAUUGAAAAUACUCUGUCGAGGAGAACGUCACUUCUGACACUAGACAAACCUGAAAGAAUUGUUCUCCAAGACACAUCCCAAGGGGGUAUGUUAUAUGGGAGAAACAUUUUCCUAUGAUAUUCUUCUCAUGGGCUUUUUAUGUGGAAUCCAGUAUCUUGGACCUAGUAGGGAAAAACCAUGAAUACAAUGCAGGGCUCUUUAGUUGACUUGCUUCAAACCCUCAACUUAGCGCUGAAAUGAUGUCAAAUCAAGUUAUGUAUGUUUAUGUGCAUGUGCGCCAGCAGGGGCACAUUUAGGGAAGGGAGAUAUAUUGGAGCACAUGUGAUUAUUUGUGAGGCAUGCUUAUAUUUCUGGCCAACGUACUGAUUGCUUAGUGACUUUUGUUAUAAAUGAUGAAACAGAUCUAUUCAGUAGGUAUGAACAUUGACCCUUGUUGAUAGCAUUGCUGUAGUUAUGGGAUAUAAAGAAGUAACUACAACACUUGCCCUCCCCUUUAAUAUUGAUUAUCUCUAAAACUAGGACUUUCCGGCACUGCAGGAGGUUGGAUUAAAUGACCCUUGGGAUCCCCUCAACUACAGUUAUAUAAUCUCAUGACUUUAGAUUUUGCUGAGAAUCUUACUACUCUUAAAACAUUUUAUACUUCUGGAAUAUGAAAUGAUACCCAUGAUUACAGGAAAGAGGAAGCAUAUAGAAGAUACUGGAUUAUGCAAUGUUGUAACAUGUUUAUAUGCACAUCGAUUUACUGCAGCAACAGUUCCCAUCAGGGAUUGCUCCCAAAGAGAAAUGGGACCAAAACCUUUUCUUCAGGGAGCUGGUUUAGAAGAGAGGGCGAGCACAACUUAUCAGGAUGUGCUUAUUUAUGACUCACAAAGUGUUAUAUUUAAUUCAACUUUACAAUGCAAUUUAACCAAAAUAUUGAUGCUAUGGCUGUAACCUAUGCAGUUUGCAUAUCUUUGGCCCAUAAUGUCUGAUCCAUUACUAGCUCUGCUGAAGUAAAAAUUGGAAUCUGACAAAUCUGCUAACUUCCAAAGCAUCAGUUCUGAACAUAAACAUCUUAUGGACUCAUUCUGACAUGGUGAAUUUUAGAUUUUCAAAUUUCUAGUUCAUUGUUCUGAUUUUUUUAUAUAUAUAUUUUUUCAAAAUAUCACUUCAAAAUUACAAAUCUACAUCUGAUUAUAUAAAUUCAUUUCAGUUCUAUAGUCUAUCCUGCAAAACAGGAGGGAUAGUAUGUUGCAGUCUUACAUCUCUUUCAGUUUCAGAUUUCUUGAUGCGUUUGUUGCCUCCUGUUCAUUUUAAUGCAGGAAUGAAUGCAAACAACAAUAAAAAACACAUGGCACACUUGUUCAUUUAUAUGUAACUUCAAGAUGAAAGGCAAAUGCAUUUACCUUUACAUGGCCUUGAUCUAACAGAUGUAAUUUCCUGACCACAAUCUGAAUUUUCUUCAACAGUUUUGUAAGGUCCCCCCCCCCCAUUCUAAGCGUUGUUGUUUUUUGAGAAAAGGUUAACUCUUGGUAGGAUACAGCAAGAUCAUACAAAACUAGCCAUCUCUAAUUACAAUUCACAUUGACAGAUAUUUUAAUAGCCCGGGAGGAGUGCUGCAGAACGAUUGACUUCCAUUGACACAGGAUUUUAACAAGGGCAAAUUGAAAAGGAAUGCUAACAUUUAAUUUCUGAUGUAGAGCAAUAGGAGAUAUUUUCUAAUGUGAAUUGUAACUUACAGCAUCAGUGGUGCUUAAGGGCCUCCAAGAUCUAAGAAAGUUCUUGCUAUAUUUGGAGCUAUAGGAAAUAUGUACACGGAAGGAUUUCUGUUCAAAUGAAUAUGUAGUGUAAGACAGGACAGGAAACAGGAAAGAUACCCUCCUCCUUAACAUAAGGAAGGAAGGAAGCAUCAAAAUUGUGAAAACUGAAACCAGAUUCUUUGCAGAUUUUGUAUUUUUUGACGUAAUGAGCUGUCCCGGCCCCCUUAAUAGCUAGGCUGUAACUUUAAAUGUCCUCACACAUGGAGAAUUAGAGACCCAUAUUCAAUUUAUCUUCUCUGUAUAUAUAUGUGUGUGUUGGGAAUGAUAUAUGGGUGACUUCUGGCUUAGAGGCAUUGCCAAAUACUAGUGAUAAAGGCAUGUGGGAAUUCAGCAGGGUGUUUGAAGGAGCAUACAGGUGGAUCAAUUUGCCUCACUGUGGCAAGCAGGUGUUCAGAGUUUGUAGGAUAGGCUAAGAGGGUUCAAGUAUAAGCAGGUGUGCAAGGGGUGAGAGUAGAGAUCUUGUAGGAGAAACAGAGGUGGUACAAGAAGGCAGUUUUCUACCAAAGCUGAAAGAAGAUAAACUGCUGGUAGAGACGUUGCAGCCACAAAUAGAAAAGGUGAGUAAAAAGGCAAGGCUAAAUUGCAUCAAAUUGGAGGCAUGAUAUUUCCCACGUACAUGGAGCAAGCAUUCAGACAUAAAACCAAGUCACAAACUGUGGUUUGUUUAGGCAUGCAACUCAGAGCACUCCUGCCUUCCUCUUCCUUCAGUCAAACAGGUAAACAAGGUGCAGAGCAGCUAGCCUAACGUUAUAUCCGAACCAGCACUCAUGGUUUGUUUCUCCCAGACAAACCAUGGUGAGUAAAUCAAAAACUAAACUUGGAUUCAGAAUGUGGUUCAGAAAGAAACAAACGGGCUGUCAAUUAAGAUGUAACACUAAGCCAGCCAUUGCUAGGUUUGUUUCUGUGCUUGGCUAAGUUCGGAAACGUGAAGUUUGAGAGCUUGAACAUCAUGCACUACAUCCAACUUGUGCACAGUAUCAUUAAGCAAACCAUACAUUUUGGCUUAGCAUGACAUUUGAUCACUGCCAAAGCUCAAGCUGGCAUGAGGUUUGUCUAGAACUUGGGGAUAGGUUGAAAGAUGGAGAUAUACGAAGCCUACUGGAGAAAGGUCAUCAGUGUGAAUUUGCAGGAAGAGAGAUGCCUGCUUUAAAGAUGCAAAAGACAUUCUACUUUCCCUUCACUUCUAGCACAAAGGUUAAUUGCUGGUCUUGACCCUUAAAAAAAACAACAACCCAAAAUGUAGCUGUUUAUUGGGACCUCAAUGACUACCUAGGCUUCAAGGCUCAUACCCCGGCUUUAUUAUUGCCAGCAAUAGUUUACAUAUCUGCAGAACUCUUGAAAGUUAAUUAGGUUUUAUCCAGCUGGCAGUGGUCUUGACCCUGUUGACAUGAACAGGACAUUUUCCCAGCAUUCCUGUUUCUGCCACCAAUACAUUAAUCUUAUCCAGGCAUAGGCAGACUCAGCCCUCCAGAUAUUUUGGGGCAUACAACUCCCAUCAUCCCUAGCUAACAGGACCAAUGGUCAGGGAUGAUGGGAAUUGUAGUCCUAAAAAACAUCGAGGGCCGAGUUUUCCCUAUGCCUGAUCUUAUUAUCCUUCUGUACCUCUCCCCAUUUUAAAAUGUUUGUUAUUGUAGAAUCCAAGAAGUCCUUGUCAGAUAAGGCUCCUACUCCUACGUAAGGAUCCAACUCCUACAUAAAAACCCUUAAGGGAAGCUGAUAUUAUUAAAAUUCCACUGUGUGUGUGCAUUUUCAGAUGCAUCUAAAUUUCCCAUUUGCAUGCCCUAUUGUAGGAGGAAAUGAAGUAAAACAACUCUAAAGCCAUUUUCCCCUCCAGUGUCUCAUUGCUGGGUGGCAGCUAGAUUAUGGCCGAUAUGCAAAGUGUGCAGAACUCCAAUAGUUUUUGUAAAGCAAAGUUGCAUUUCAAAAGCCUACAAAGUCUGAAUGAUGGAUCUACUAACAUGUACAGUUCAGUGAGAAAAGGAGGACAUAAUCUAAAGCUGAGGAUGUGUUGGUAAGUGCCCUAGACAUGUGGUGUUUAAUAAGCUGAAGUCAAUUUGAAGCAGGAUUUUUAAAAUGUGUCAACUCAUGCAGUCAAUAGAAUAUCAAAGAGAGUGUCUGGCCACUUAAUUGACAUAAUGAUCUUGACAAGUGUUAACUGCAGCGCUCCUUGUCAGCUUACUGAGUCUGUUAACUUGCAAAGGCUUGCGUGCCUUAACAUCCAUUUGUUUGCUCUUAAAUAAAAUAUAAUAGCUGUCUGCAGGAGCCAUUAUUCAUAAAGUUCUUGCCUGUCUCUUAUUCUGUAUGAUUUAGAAUACUCUAGAAGUGGCAGAAUGCAACAACAAUUUGUAUGUGGGAAUGAUAAAGGGCUUUCUGCUGGAAUUAGUUCAAGAAACCACCAUGUACUGGCACUCCUUGUACAAGGUAUAAAUAUAUUUCCUUUUACUUAAAGAAGGGUGGAUGGGGUUAAAGGAAAGUAUUUUCAAAUAAAAAUGCUCCCCAGCGCUUUUAAAAAUUUUAUGAUUAAGAAUGCCCCUCUCUGUGGGAAGUGUGUCUUUAGAGGGGACAAUACGUAGUGACGAGAGAAAGGUUAUCCGUAUGAAUGCCUGCAAGAAGACAGACCUUGAGCUAUAUGAAUACCUUAAAAGCUAUGGGCAUAGCUAUGUUGUAGCCCCUUAAUGCCUUCAAAGGGUAUGUGUUUCUUUAAAGGUCAGGGGUUCAGCAACUGAGAACAUCUUCACUAAGCGUCAAUCUCUCAAGCCGGCACCCCACUAAAUAGUUAAAAAGAAAGUAAGCCUUAAAUGGAGCCCAAGAUAAAAGAGAUCUCAACAAUUCAGUCUUCUUCCCAUCAUAAAGAACACCUCCCCCUCCCCAAAUUCCAUGCUCCCCAUGAGAACCUUCUGGAGGCUUCGUCAUACACAAGCAACUAGAGUAGCAAUAUUUCCACUUUAUUUUUUGCAGCAUGGAGUGUCUUGACAAGAAGUGACUAUAGCAAUAACACCCUAAUUUCAAAGCAGAAAUGCAUCUUUGGUAUCAUCAGCACCUCACAGACAAAAAAUUGAGUUGUUUCUGUAAAAUAUGAGCAUUUUCUACAAUAGUAGACUAGAAGAACAAAAUCAAGUCUAAAGGCGAUAAUUUCCCCUGAUAUUUGGGAAUGAAAUCAUCUCUGAGUGCUGAAAGGAUGAAAUGACAUUUACCAUCAUUUCUCUUCCUAGUUCAGUAGUUAUCAUGCUGAGAUGGAAUUGAAACUUUGCAUCCUAUUGCAUUGCAGGAGAAACAUGAUAACGCACACAACACGAUUCCUAGGGAAAAAUUUUAUGGCUGAAGUCCAAGGAUUUAUGACUGCAACAAAGCUUUGAUUAUGUCAUGCUUUCAGUUGGUACAUAGAAAGAAGAGAAAUUAAACAUAUAACUACUGCAUCCCACAAAAUCUUGCCACUUGGCAUAGGUGAACUAUGCUUCCAAAUAGAAUUAUGUAACAAAAUGACGUUUAUGUGACAUCUGUGGCAUAUUAAUAAGUAUGAGCAAGCAAGGGAACAACUGAUCAAACCCUUACUAGCAAAUUUGCCGGGAAAAUCUGAAGCUUCCCAUAUUAAAUACCUUCUGGAGGAUAGGUCAAAUGAUACUACACUGACCAUGGCAAAGUUUCUUUCGGAGGUCUCAAGAAACAAAGACCAUCAUGCUCUAGACAUAACAAAAUGACUACCUUGGUCUCUUUCGCCUGUUGUUUGGUUGUGUUAACUGUAUCUUGUUUUGAAACUGUUUUGUGGGUCUAUGGACCAAUAUAUCUAUAUAUAUAGAGAGAGAGAGAGAGAGUGUGUGUGUUUUCAUGAUAAAAUGAUAUAAAAAAAUACAUAGGGUUCCCCCUUCCUUUUCUUGUCCUGAGCAUCAGAAGUUGGCAUUGUCUUAGUUGUCAUCAGAUUGCAAUUCCAAGCAGCUGCUCUCCUUUCAAAUAAUGAAUCUGAUAAUUUAAAAGACAAUUAGGAAUACAAAGCUUAUUUACUUUUAAAAAAUAGAUUGAUUUUUUGAACCCCUUAGUAGCUUUAGAUACCAAUUAUAAUUAUGAUGCAUUUGUGGAAUAUAUUCUGGCAUUCUUUUUACCAUUUAUGAAUAUAGCUAGGAUAUUGGCACAGAUGCGCUUUCUUACUUUGAUUUCUAGGUUACGCAGCAUGUGUUUAUUUGGAAGUUCCACUGAGAUGUAUUCCCAAGUAAGUAAGCAGAGGACUGCAGCUUUAACACCCUUGUCUUAAACAUUUAUGAUACUGCAUUGGCUGCAACCCUGAGAAGUACUUGCAUAAUAGCAUAGUUCUGCUCCACGCUGUUGCAGCCAAACUAAGCCUUAGGCAAGUAGGAGACAUCAUAGCAGGGGUCAGCAAACUUUUUCAGCAGGGGGCCGGUCCACUGUCCCUCACACUUUGUGGGGGGUUGGACUAUAUUUUUUUUGGGGGGGGGGAAAUGAACGAAUUCCUAUGCCCCACAAAUAACCCAGAGAUGCAUUCUAAAUAAAAGCACACAAUCUACUCAUAUAAAAACACCAGGCAGGCCCCACAAAUAACCCAGAGAUGCAUUUUAAAUAAAAGGACACAUUCUACUCAUGUAAAAAUACGCUGAUUCCCGGACUGUCCGCGGGCCAGAUUUAGAAGGUGAUUGGGCUGGAUCCGGCCCCCGGGCCUUAGUUUGCCUACCCAUACAUUAUAGGGUAGGCAUGGGGAAUUUUUUUCCCCUCUGCUAAAGGUCCUCAGAGAUAAGCUCUUGGGGGCUGCAUGCUGGCGGUGGGUGGGAAGAGUUUGCAGCAUUGCAUAGGACUCUCUGACUCUCUCUCUCUCUCUCUGUGUGUGUGUGAGAGAGAGAGAGAGAGAGAGAGAGAGCGCUGGGUCACAUACUCAAACACACAAUGCGGGGUAGGAAGAGAUUCCCAGCAGAGUGAUGUGGAGAGCAAGGGUGUGUCCAAAGUGCAGUGGUACCUCGGGUUAAGAACUUAAUUCAUUCCAGAGGUCCGUUCUUAAUGUACAAACUUUUUAUUUCAUGACCCUUGAUAUCACAUGUCUGGGAUAGCCCCAUAGUAUGUGCGUAGGCAGUCUCUACAGAGCACAAGAAGCAAAAUUAAUGCAUGGGCCCUGCAUGUACUGGCAAUCUCCAGGUUAGACAACCAUAACGCAUUGUACGUGGGGCCGACUUUGAAGAUUUCUCAUUCUAGUAAAGAAUAUAGCAGUUCUCUCUAUACUAACAGCCAGUCUGGUUUUAGGCAAAAUUCAGAGUGCUGAUCCUUACAUAAAGAGUCUGGGGGCUGGGGGCUCAAAGAGCCAGCUUUUGCAUCACUAGUCUGCCUUCAUUGGUUUUAUUUCAUUUUUGUUCCCCGUUGCUGCUCUCCUUUGUGUUCUUUUUAAUUUGUGAUUUUUAUGUUGCUGAUGUUUAAGUUGUUUGUCGAAGGGUGGGCUAAAAUUUUGAAUAAACUUCCAAAUCAAAUGUGGUUUGGUGCAAAUGCAGUGUCAAUGGAAGGAAGCCCAAAUUAAAGUUUUGGGUAAACAACUGCUGAUGAAGACAUCCUGUGGGCAUUUGGUUGGCCCUUGAUGGACUAGAUAGGACAUUGGCCUGAUCUAACUGGCUCUUCUUAUGUCCUCAGUUAAUGAAUGUGAACAAGCCAUUUUUAAAAUCUUAUUCACAACAUAUUUAAUUAAGAUUAUCAAUACCAAUACCUCAAGGAUUGCCUCUCCCCAUAUGAGCUGAUCCAGACCCUGUGGUCAUCAUCUGAGGCCCUUCUUCAUGUGCCCUCUCCACCAAUGGCCUGGAGGACAAAAACAUGAAAACAGGCAUUUUCUGUGGCAGCUCCUCAUUUGCAGAAUGCUCACCCCAGGGAUGCUUGCCUGGCACCUUUGUGACAUAUCUUUAGACGCCAGGCAAAAAUGUAUCUCUGUAACCAGGCCUUUGGCUGACUGAACAUUCUAUGGCCUUUGUGAGAGGAAGGGUUUUUGUCUUCUUGUUGUUUCAUUAUGAAUUUGAAUUCUCAUUUUGUUUUGUUUUUUCAUGUUGUGAACCACCCUGUGAUCUUUGGAUGAAGGACAGUAUUAUGAUUAGUAUUAGUAGCUAUUAGAUAUUAACAUAGUUCCCUGAAGCACUCCCUAGAUUAGCCACCAGUGUCACUCUCCCAAUGUUACUCUGUGGACUUGGUCCUGAAGGUAGGAUUGGAAUCUCUAUAACACAGUGCCCCAAUUACCAUUUCCCAGAGCCAGUCCAGGAGGAUGCCAUGGGCAAUGAUGUUACCCACACUUUGGACAAGAAGGAAUUUUAUUGCAACGCAAGUGGUUUUAUUAGGAAGGAGUGUGCAGCCUCUGAAAGCAAGUUCUCACAUCCAAAAUGGCAUUCUACAGUGGUACCUCGGGUUACAGAUGCUUCAGGUUACAGACGCUUCAGGUUACAGACUCCACUAACCCAGAAAUAGUACCUCGGGUUAAGAACUUUGCUUCAGGAUGAGAACUGAAAUCAUGCUCCAGUGGCGCGGCAGCAGCGAGAGGCCCCAUUAGCUAAAGUGGUGCUUCAGGUUAAGAACAGUUUCAGGUUAAGAAUGGACCUCCAGAACGAAUUAAGUACUUAACCUGAGGUACCACUGUAUCUAUAAAUCCCCAUGGCUCCUGAACCAGAUGACUUGCUGUCCCUAAUGGUAUGGCCAACUGUCUUCUGGAAAUUCAAAAGGAGUACAUGAAUGCAAUAGCACUGUCCUGUUGUUGUUCCCUGGCAACUAGUAUACUGGAGAUUGCACAGAUCCAUUGAUUGAUUGAUUGACUGACUGACUAACUGACUGAUUUCAUGUAUAAGCCACCUUCCCACAACAAGCUGUGCCUAAAGUAGCUUACAGCAAACAUUCAAAACAUCAAAAUAGAGAACACUGGAAAUACAAAUAUACAAAAGCAUGUUAGUAAGUUCAAAAUAGCAAAAACUGACAAUUUACAAGCACAGAAUAAUUGCAAUACUACAUACAAACCCCCACCUCCAAUCUUAAAUACAUAAAUACAAAGAAAAAAAUGAAAAUUAACCAAAAAUAACAGUACCAAUCUUGCUACACUCCAAGGUAGGUAAAGGUAAAGGGACCCCUGACCAUUAGGUCCAGUCGUGGCCGACUCUGGGGUUGCGGCGCUCAUCUUGCUUUAUUGGCCGAGGGAGCCGGCGUACAGCUUGGCCAGCAUCACUAAGCCGCUUCUGGCGAACCAGAGCAGCACACGGAAACGCCGUUUACCUUCCCGCCGGAGUGGUACCUGUUUAUCUACCUGCACUUUGACGUGCUUUCGAACUGCUAGGUUGGCAGGAGCAGGGACCCAGCAACGGGAGCUCACCCUGUCAUGGGGAUUCGAACCGCUGACCUUCUGAUCAGCAAGUCCUAGGCUCUGUGGUUUAACCCACAGCGCCACCCGCAUCCCACACUCCAAGGAGCCUGGCUUAAAUACAGCUUGGAUGGGAGGGGUAGAUGAGAGACACCUGGCAUGGCUCCCACAUCUUUCCUCAAGAGGAGGCUGACAGCACAAAAAGGCAAAUGUUGGGGAGAGCAGUGAUUGUAAGUCCCUUCCUCAGCCUCCUGGAAGUACCAGCUGCUGGUAUCUUAUUGUACCAUUGUGAUCAGUAGCUAUUAAGUGUAAAUAUAUUAAUUUAUCAGUAUGAAAUAAAUGAUAUAUCUGAGCCUGCAUCAGCCCAAGCAGCAAAAGCUCAUUAAAAAUAGAGAGCAAAAAAGCUCUGUUGAAAAAGGAGGGAAGAUGAGAUAUAUCUUCUGUAUUUAUUUUUUACAUUUUAGUUCUUUGCAGUUUAAGCUAGUAGUUUGGAAUGAUAGGACAGAUUACCAAAAAUUUGCAGACUACAACAAUGAAACUUUGCAUUUCCCAAGUCUUGGUUUUAAGCUGGAAUCCUUGUUUGCGUUGAUAAGACUUGCAUAGGUAAAGUACCGUAUUUUUCGCUCUAUAAGACGCACCAGACCACAAGACGCACCUAGUUUUUGGAGGAGGAAAACAAGAAAAAAAAUAUUCUGAAUCUCAGAAGCCAGAACAGCAAGAGGGAUUGCUACGCAGUGAAAGCAGCAAUCCCUCUUGCUGUUCUGGCUUCUGGGAUAGCUGCGCAGCCUGCAUUCGCUCCAUAAGACGCACACACAUUUCCCCUUACUUUUUAGGAGGGAAAAAGUGAGUCUUAUAGAGCAAAAAAUAUGGUAACUGAACAAGCAUUCUCCUACAUUCAAAAGUACUAUUCCUUACCUGUAGACUGAAGUGCUACAGUCCAUUCUAGUUCCUCAGGAUUCUUCUUCAUCAUUACCACAUUAUUUUGUAGCAUGUGUAGACCAAGAUCUGAUACUAUCUAUAUCACACUCAACUGAGACCAGUGUUUUGCAGUGAUCUGCACUGUAUCAGUGCACCGAUCCUCUCCAGAUCACAUGCUUGGGCGAAUCAAUACCGUGGCAACUGCUGCUGUGAACACAAUAUAAUGAGCAUAGGCAGCACUGCAAUUGUUGAAUCAAAACAGAGAGAGUUCUUCUAAACCCUUGAAACAGAAGGUAACAUUUUCUGAGGUGCUUCCAUUUGUGUUUUGCAUUAGUGCCUUCGCAGCUAAGAGCAGAGUUGAAGCCAUCCUGGGAGAUUCAUUUUAUGCACCUCGUUCUUUUAGAGGCAUCUGAACCCAGCGCCACCACUGUGGUAAACAACCCUAUAUUAGUAAAUUGUUGAUCUCCAUGUCUACAGUGCUGUUCUGGUAUAAAAAGUGCACUGUUUGAACUGUUCAUGAUGAAAACUGUUCCAGGACACUGAUGCUAGCAAUCUUUAUUAGCCCAUUUCGUUUUGUUUCUAAGGCUAUUUCUCAGCAAUUUUAUCUUGUCUGAAAGUUCUUCUAUUAGUCUCUUGGAGAUUCAGUGUUCUUUUUCUGGGCUUCCACAACUCCUAGAGGUAUGGCACUCGGUUUAACAAAUGUUGUGCGAAUAUCUCCCUAAGGUUUUAAGUAAAUGUGAUAGAAGAGAACAGCUUCUGACUGCAGAGGCACUGUUUAAACCUGCAAGGCACUACUUGCGUAUAUUGAUUGCCUGUAAAGUAAAAACACAAAUUAAUUUCAGCAGAAGGGAGAAUAAGUAGUUAUUUUGGCAUUCUAAGUUGGUAAGCUCAUUUCGUGAAAGGAAAAACGUGAAUUGCAUAUUGUAACCUCUGUGAUUGAGAUUAUUUCUCGGCUGCCUUGUCACUACGAAGGGCAAGUGUUUCUAAAAUAUAUCAAAAUACCUUAUCUUGGCUGAAUAUUCUGUAUGCCUAUUUUAUUUUAUCUCACUCACACAGUGUCUGUAACCCUUGACAGUAGGAAGGCCUGAUAGAAUUUCUUGUUGCAACUAUUGCCUGCCGUCAUAUUUGGGCUAGGAAGUCUGCAAAGGUGGGUUCUCAUUGCAAAUGGAACAUGCAAGUAGGGCAAGUGUCUAUUUGGAUUGUUGCGUUGACCCAGCGAUGAAGAUCCUCUACUUAUGUAGAUAUGACGGGUUAGCUGCAAAAUAGAGCAGAAGGUUCGUGUUUUGUAAUGAUAGCAAGGGGCUCUAUAAUUAUUGUUGUUUAGAACAAUAUGGUUAAAUGGCGUAUAAAGUACACAUAAUCCAGCCCUUUGGCAGGGAUCCUCUGCAUUGCACCUCCGCAACUUCGAACCAAUUAAGAUGAAUGCAGCCUGUUUGCUCUGCCAGGUGUUUGACUGCCCUUGUGCUGUAGAUUGAAACAGGCAGCAAAACAAAAGGACAUUUACUGAGCGCCAGUAAGCCAACAAAUUUGGCUGGUUGGAUAUGUACCUCCUGGUAGGUCACUAAUUGCCCUACAUGUUUUAUUUAUCCAUUUGUUCAUUUUUUAUGUCAUUCUUUGUUGAUUGGUUUCAGGGCAGUUUACAGUUGCAUAAUAUAGAAUCAAACUUCCACAACUACACCAAAACAGCAGAAUAGAGUCCAGUUGAAAUUAGUCAACAUAACGGAAACACUUGACGAAUGAAAAAGUCUUUACUUGUGCCUAAGCGACAACUUUGUGGGGCUACCCUUUAGGUUGGUAUAGAGACUGCUGCUAGUGUAGAAUAUGGUGCUAAAUUGCUGGUGUGUGUGUGUGUGGCAAACUUCACCCACCAUAUAACACCUUGUUUUCAGGAUUUGCACUGGCUACUUGGUCAAGUUCAAGGUGUUGGUAUCAACACAUAAGGCCCUAGACAGCUCAGGUCUGGGAUACUUGAUAAAUUGCCUUAUCCCGUAUAUACUUAGUAGCUCACAGAAUGCUAUGGGAGAAUUAUCAGAAACCUGCUCCAAUGUAACUCUAAGCAGGGCUUUCUUUGUGGUUGCCCCAUUUUGUGGAGAAGCAUUCCUAUCUGUACUUUCCAGAAACAAUUGAAUAAAAUUGUUUUGUUUUUUUUAUUUGACAAGCCUUUUCUGGCUGGGUGAAAAUACGCCUUUCGUUUUUAAACUUAUCUUCAGUUAUUUUUUUCCUCUCUGUAAACCAUUUUUUAGUUAUUAUAUGUUUAUAAAUUGGUUGACACGCAUGUAAAAGGUGAUUCCUAAAUAGAUCAGAAAUGAAGACGAUACUCAAAACUCACUGGAAAGAGGAUAUUGCGGAUGGGGUAACAGCUGCAAAUGUCCUUUUAUUCAAUGCAACCCAUCUCACUGCUCAUAGUAGGAACACUCUGUGAAAGGUAUAGGUAGAUACCCUCAGUUUACUGGCCAGUUGUUAGGGGAACAGGCAUCCCUUAGGUACCCAGGUCCCAAACCACUGAGGACUUUUUUUAGGCAAGCCAGCAGUUUCAAUUAAUCCCAGAAAUUGACUGGUAGACUGUGAAGCUCUUAUUACUGGAGAGAUAUGGUCCCAAUGUGUGAUUCAUUUGAGCAAUCUGGUGCCACUUUUUGCACUAACUGCUGUAAUUUCUGAACAGUCUUCAAAGGCAGCACCAUGAGUAACACUUGGUAGUAGUUCAGAUAGGUUCAGAGCCUGGGUGCCAUAGGUAGCCAGAAAACAUAGCAGCUUAAGCUGGCAGAAGAUGCUCUAUGCUGCCAAAGUCAUUGGCCUCUUGUGAUAAAGCUGGAUUUUGGAGCAGGCACAGGCUGUGCAGCUAAUCUUUUGGAGAGAUUGAGACCCUGUGCCUCUGCAGGCACACUGAAAACCGUCCCCCUAAACUAGGAAACUUUCCACUCACAGAAGCAUAAUCUUCCCAGGAUUGAAUUUCACUUUACUGGCCUUCAUCUUUCCCAUUUUUGAGUCUAAGUACCUGUUGAUCACUUCACUUACUGCCUCACCUAAUUUAGAUGAAAACAGAUCAUAGAGCCGGGUGUUCAUUUGACAUCUGCUAUAGAAAAAACAAAGGAGGCAAGAUGGGAGAAGAUGCCAUGGGACUGUGGGGCUGAGCAGAAGACCCCAAGCAAUAGAUGGAGAAAUGGCCUACUUUACAGAGGACAGUUCUCCAUUUGAAGGCACCUUUCUGUUUGAAGUGCUAUUUGAUGCAAGUCUACUUUAAAGAUAAAGAACCACAAAAAGAGAGAGAAGUUGUCCUGAAGUUGCACAUGAACAGUUAGUACUUGGACAAUGGACUUAGCUGGCACAGAGGUCAUUUCAUCACAGCUUUCCCACUACAGUGGAACUUUGGGUUACGUACCAUCCUCCUUCCGAAUGCUUUGGGUAAUGAGCUCUGCUAACCCAGAAGUAGAUGCUCCUAGCUGCGAACUUUGCCCCGGGAUGCGAGCGGAAGUUGCGCACCGAUGGCGCGGCAGCAGCGGGAGGCCCCAAUAGCGAAAGCGCACCUCACGUUAAGAAUGGUUUUGGCUUACGAACAGACCUCCAAAACAUAUUACCGUAUUUUUCCAUCUAUAAGAUGCCUCCAUGUAUAAGACGCCCCCUAUUUUGGGGGACUCAGAUUUAAGAAAAUGGGAGGAGAUGUAUCCAUGUAUAAGACGCCCCCAAAAUUUUGACAUUAUUUUUUAAAGGAAAAAACCUAGUCUUAUACACGGAAAAAUACGGUAAGUUCAUAACCAGAGGUACCACUGUAUAAUGUGAUGCAUUCUGCUUUUAUUCACAUUAUAUUUAGAAAUAAUUACUACAAAUCAGCUUAUUCAAAUCCAUGGGGUGUGUGUGUUGCGUUUCCUUCUUUUUGGAGAUAUGCAAUUUAUCACCUGUUUGAAAGUGACCCAUGCAAGUAGGACCAUGACCAUCACGCCUCCAAAUUCUAGCUCACACAAAUCAAUUCACAUUAAACUGUAUCCACGUUACAUCCCCUUCCCCUUUCCAACACACAUGUACACAUUAUCCUAUUAUAGGGUAUCAAAAGCUGAGCGGGGAGGAAGUAACAUGAUGCUCUAUGCAAAGAGAUACUUGGAUCAUUGAAGAGUCACUUAGGGCCACAACUAAACUAAGUUAAUACAACUAGGCAGCACUUAUUUUGCCAUGUGAUCAUAGACUUGGGUACACAACAGCACAAAACCAUUUAAUAUGAACUGGUUACUGUGGCUACAACCAUUUUGUGGGUGUGGAAGCUACACAAAGAAAAUUGCUGCCCUAAUGAAAGCAGAUAUUUCAGAUAAAGCUUUUUCAUUUAAGAAUAUAUAUGAAUACAUGAUGGAGAGGAGAAAACAGAUAACGCUGUUGUGGUUCUAUUUUUGGCAAAUGUGCAUAAUUUUUUAAUAAAUAAAAAAAUGGUGCCCUUGAACCAAGUUUCUUAUUUAUAGGAGAGAAAAUAAAUAAAUAAAUAAACUCAACAAUUAAGUGGCAAAUGUUUUUCAAUGCAAAAUGUAUUCCCUACCAAUUAUAGGCGGAUAUGGUAGCUGUUUCUGAACAAUAAAAUGGAAUUGAACAGCAACUUUGUUUUCUGCUUUAAGAAAAUACUAACCUGCUUUCACAAAUCGGUUGAUCUAACAUCCUUGUCCCAAGUCUUAGGAAUCUGUGCCCUAGAGGAUGAUAGAUGAAAGCGAGAUCAUUUGGGAGGGAAUUUCAGUGUAAAGGUAAUAAAAAUAGGCUUUAUUUUUUCAUCGAUCUAUACUGUUCAAUCUUGCAGUGAUAGAAAAGAGGAUGAUUAAAGGAAAAAGAGAAAAUUUGAACAAGAGCUUGUGCCUCCUACUCAACCAUAAUGUUUUCUCUACAGCUUCAUUCAUAUGCUGACAGCAAACACCCUCGCGAUGUGUGUAUCCCUAUGAUACACAUACUUGAAAACAUGUGUUUAUAAAAUUCAUGUGUUACAUUUUUAGAUACAUGUGUGCUUUUACAUGUGCAGGUAGUUCUUUGGGUGUAUAGUGCAAUCUUUGAUUACACUGAAAUGUGUGUGUGUGUGUGUGUGUGUGAACAACAUUGCCCUAAUCUUGCUAAGAGGAACCAAAUCAGCCAGACAUGGAGGGAGAGUUGCUUUUACUUAAAAAGUGCACUUUAUGUAAACAACACAGGUGAAAAAUUAGGUAUGAUUUUUAUAUCUUCACUCAAGUGAUCAUUCAUGCUAGGAUUAUCCAUUUUCCCAGACCCUCAAGUUAAAAAUGAGCUCCUUAGACGUGUCCAUCUAAGACAUUUAUCACAAGACCUGAAUUGCUUUACCAGCCUCCAAUACUAUUAAUCUCUCUUCAUCUCUUCACUUCUUAUCACUUCAUCACUGCUCAAGGCUUGCAUCGGUUUCCACUUUGGAACACUAGUUCCUCUCCUGCAAUCUGAGUUCAUCUUUUGCUGCUGAUCAUUGAUGGAUAAGAAUUCUCUGAACACACCCAGUAGUAACAUCUGUAUCGCACUCACUUUUAUCUCCUGAAAUGUAGAAGGAUUGCUGCCAUCACGUAACUGUAGUUAAGAAUUAACAGGACUGGAAUGGAGAAGAAACUGGCUCAGUGUAUCCCAGCUUCUUUCGCAGUAGCAGGCAACUACAAGGACGUUCUACAGUGGUGCCUCGCAAGACGAAAUUAAUUCGUUCCGCGAGUUUUUUCGUCUUGCAGUUUUUUCGUCUUGCGAAGCACGGUGUCUGAAAAGUUUUGGAAAAGCUUCAAAAAUCACCAAAGUCUUCAAAAACCUCAAAAAAGGCUACCACACCGCGUGCUAUGAGUUGCUCCUUGAAGUCAAGUCGCAACUGUAUUAACGGUUUUAAGAAAAAGGAAACAAACUUGCAAGACGUUUCCGUCUUGCGAAGCAAGCCCAUAGGGAAAAUCGUCUUGCGAAGCAACUCACAAAACCAAAAACCCUUUCGUUUUGCGAGUUUUCCGUCUUGCGAGGCAUUCAUCUUGCGAGGUACCACUGUACCAUUCGCCUUUACUAGCCAGAGCAAAAUCACUUUUUUGUACACAAAGUAGCAUUUCAGACAUUGGGACUUGUUCUCUGCCAUUCCUUCUGUUGCAGAAGCUUGAGCUGCAACAGCUAAAUUGGUACCAUGACCAGCUCCUUGUUCUGUUGCUUCUAAAGAGCAGCUGAAAUCUCCUUAUGAGAGAUUUCACUUCACUGUGCUGGUACUAGGAGGAUGGGCAUUUGGGAUGCAGUGGAAAAAUCUCAUGCCCUCCCCAUUCUCCAUCUUCUCCUCACUUCAAAAAGUUACCUGCAUGACCUCACCAAGCCACACUGUGACUUUGCCAGAGCGCUUGUGCUGCAGGGUGCGGGACUAGAGUGUAAGUCAAAUAGCAGUCAUACCUGGUGACUUCAGAUGAUGAGUUUCUACUGAAAAGACCCAUGUCACAUUCUCAAAGGCCCAACCACUCAGGACAUCUUAUUGUCAGACAAAGGUACCCAUCGUGGAGGGAGGCAACAGAUCGGUGGUGUGUAGUGAAAUUUUUUGUAGGGGAACAGUUAGGGUCAGAGGCACCAGUUUGUGAGGGCGAUUUGGGGAGUGGGGACACACACAACAUGACAGGACAGUCUAUGACUUGUUAGAGCUGCAUGAGGGAAAGAAACCAUGUGGGGUCUCUGUACCGCAAUAUUCACAAUUAAACCAUGAUUUAGGACAAACUGGCUUAUUCUGAUGCACAAAACAGGCCAGUAUGUUUUACUUUAUGUGAGCUGCUUAGAGAGACCCUGGACUAUAAUCAAAGCAUACUUCAAUUUCUGUAGUUUGACUCACAACAGCUUUCAAAAAUCAGGCAUGAUGUGAACAAGAUGUGAGAGAGUAGGAAUGACUGCUUACCUGCUUUCCUGGGUGGGCAGUGGUUGGGGCCCCUUGUGAUUAGCCACCAUCCCCGGCAGCUGGGACAAGCAGGCAUGGUCGGCCAUUGAGAAUCUUUCUGCCCUGUCCUGCUGCAAGUCAGGACUGUCUGCAAAUAUCUUUAAUUUAAAAGAUUCUCACUGGAGGCUGUGAGUUGGCUGCUCCCACUCUGGUCUGCCAGCCUGAGCCAAAAUCCACCUACAUCUGGAAUCAAUAAAGUUGUGGCCACUCCUAUCGCAGAUCAUUGUCUGCUUGAGUUUGUUCGUCACACCUUAGCUAUAGCCCCUGCAUGGGGAGGGUGGCACUGCGACUGGGACCGCAAUCUACACCAAGCAUUACAAACUUAUUUAGUGUGAAAAUGCUUCCAUUUCACUGCAGUGUUCUCCUCAACAUCACACAAGAUCCAAUAUUUUAAUAUGGUUCCGUAUUUUGAAUAGCAUAGCUGCUUUAAAAUGAGAUAAACAUUUUCAGCUUCUUGCUUGCUAAUGCAAAAUAAUAACAACAAUGAUUUUUUAAAAAAUCUGUCACUUGAAAGUGCCAGUUUUGCUUUAUGAAGGUAGAGUGUAAUAAUUCUCCACUGUCAGCCUUAUCACUCAUUCCUAGGGCAUUUAAACAAGAGAAAUCUGUUAAAAUUAGAUAAGGAUUCAAUGACAAAUUCAAAUGUUCCUUCAAUCAAGAGGUGCCAUUUCAAUGUCAUGCAUUAUUAAAGCCCAAGGAGUCUCUGAGUUGUAAGUGUAGGAUUACUUUUGUGUAUUCUUUGCUGAAUUAGAAUACACGUGAGAUUGUUUGUAUUCAGUAGAUGCAAUAAUUAGUAAAUCCCAAGGUAUAUAGUUAUAAUAAUUUGGAAAAAGCUCCAUUAAUUAUUUUAUUCCCCCUAACAUAGGAGCACUAUUGCCAUUUGCAACCUGCUGUACAAUGAAAGCAGUGAGUUAUACAUAAAACCACUUUCAUAUAUUGUGUUUUGGAAGGGGGUGGUGGCAAAGGUAUAAAUCAGGUCUUCAUAUUUCUGAACCACUAAGUUGAAAGCAGUAGCAGACAACAUUGUGGAGUGCAAUGCAGCUCACCUGACUUCUGGUUGGUUGCACCACUGCUGUUUACCUGGAAGCAGAGGUGGCAUCAAAGUCAGCGCAGUGCACAUACCCUGUGCAUUCCCACAAGUGCAUUUGCACUGUACCAAACUCCCCACUUCCUCACACCUUUCCUUUUCCCUUCCAGUAAGCAGAAGCGACAGAACUGCCUGGAGUUCAAUGCCAUAUCAUCUGCCAUUGGUCAAAAGUACUAGCCUGGCAGCCUACUAGAGAGAGCGCUAGACAUUUUGGUGUCUGAGGCAGGAAAUCCAACUGUUUCCACACCCUGAAACCCCAGUGGUGAUACAAUACAGUGGUGCCCUGCAAGAUGAAUGCCUCGCAAGACGAAAAACUCGCUAGACGAAAGGGUUUUGCGGUUUUUGAGCUGCUUCGCAAGACGAAUUUCCCUAUGGGCUUGCUUCGCAAGACGAAAACGUCUUGCGUUUUUUGCAAGUUUGUUUCCUUUUCUUAACACCGUUAAUACAGUUGCGACUUGACUUUGAGGAGCAACUCAUAGAACGCGGUGUGGUAGCCUUUUUUGAGGUUUUUGGUGAUUUUUGAAGCUUUUCCAAAACUUUUCCGACACCGUGCUUCGCAAAACGAAAAAUUCGCUAGACGAAAGAACUCGCGGAAUGAAUUAAUUUCGUCUUGCGAGGCACCACUGUAUAUUAAUACCCUCCCUCAAAAGAAAGACAAUCUGCUAUCCUUUGAAUGGUGACCCAAAAUCUACUCCCUGAGCCAGGGCAUGUCACUCUCUCUCUCAGUUUGUGUAGCCAACUCAGUCACCCACUAAAUUAGUUUUAUUGCCUGCUUGAGAUUGCCAUAUCCAAGGGAAGGAUUUCUCAAACACCUGGUAGUCCUCAGUACAUGGCUGGUGAUCUCUGCUCACGUUGGCGAGUGGCAGGUUCUGUGUACCCUAUAUAGACAUAGAAGAUCUCAACUCAGGAAAAAAAUAUCCUGCCAGUCAUUGCAGGCCCCAAACAUACCGUAGUUUUCUGUAUAGAAGACGAGGGUUUUUUAAAUUAAAAUAUUAUGUUUAAAAUGUGGGGACGUCUUAUACAUGGAUAGUGCAUAGGAGGGACGUGGGAUUGGUUGGCAAUUCCCCCUUAAAAAAGGCUCAACAACUCUGCGCAAUCUUCCCCCAUGUUCUUAAUUUUGAAUUCCCCAAAACAGGGGGUGUCUAUUUUAUACAUUUUAUGGGAUGCGGGUGGCGCUGUGGGUUAAACCACAGAGCCUAGGGCUUGCCGAUCAGAAGGUCGACGGUUUGAAUCCCCGCGACGGGGUGAGCACCCGUUGCUCGGUCCCUGCUCCUGCUAACCUAGCAGUUCGAAAGCACACCAGUGCAAGUAGAUAAAUAGGUACCGCUCCGGCGAGAAGGUAAACGGCGGCAAACGGCAUUUCCGUGUGCUGCUCUGGUUCACCAGAAGUGGCUUAGUCAUGCUGGCCACAUGACCCGGAAGCUGUACACUGGCUCCCUCGGCCAGUAAAGCGAGAUGAGCGCCGCAACCCCAAAGUCGGUCACGACUGGACCUAAUAGUCAGGGGUCCCUUUACCUUUACCUUUAUACAUGGGGGUGUGUUAUACACGAAAAAAUACAGUAUUACCUUCUUCCCUUUUCUUGCCUUUCCUUCUUGUCUGUCAUUCUGAUAUGCCAAUUAGCCGUGUGUCAGGGUGCAAAAGCCUGGGUAACUACAGCAGAUGUCAUUAAUCCAUUGUCCCCCAGGUUUUUGCACCCUGUAUGCUGCUAAUAAGCACAUGAUGAUGAAGGGCAAAACGAGCGAGCACCCUCCCUUUUCUCUCCCUGUGUAUCAUUGCUGCUACUCCAUUCACUGCCACAUGGCUAGUAAAUAAAGGGCAGGAGAUGUAUUUGGGGUUUGAGGUGUGGAGGGGUUGUGGUGGGGAUGGGUAGUCCAGAAGCCAUGUGUUCUUUUCAUGGCUCAGAUCCUCACCCUAGCUGUAGAAGAAUUUUGGUAUUUGUAACCGCCUCGUCUCAUUUGAGGUGAGCUUUAACGGGCACUUGAAAUUCACUUCUGAGCCUGUUUUCAGAAACCUUCAUUAGCCUCAAGGCAGCAAGUACAGAUGAUAAUCCCUACAAUAUCAGUCCUCUGUGCUUUAAGACAGUAAAUUGGUCGUGUACACAAACAGCUGCAUGAAAGGAAAAGAGGUCAAUAAAGCAUUAGCUGGGAAAAAUCGUGUAAGGAGGUUUGAUGGACAUAACAUAAAUGGUAGGUAAGCAACUGACAUAAUAUUCUUUCAUUUACUCUGAUAGACAGAUGCUCUGAGUUCUAGUUCUAGAAAUCUGAGUCAGCUGUUGUUGGGGUAAGACCGAAAUUGGGAAAUUGUAAAUAAGGGCACCCUACAUGACAAUCCAUGAUUGGGUCGCCCUAAAUUUUCAUUAUCUUAUUUAAUAGUAGCCAUGGGGGCAAACUGGACUGGAGAAGGAGGAGGAGGGUUAACUUUCUCCUGCACUGGUUUCUAUCUACAGGACUGCAAUCCAAUGCACACUUAUCUGAGGAUACACAUUUCGGUCUAAAUAUGCAUCGGCUGCACGCUCUACCUAAAUAGCUGCUGUUUAUCCUUCCUGGAGCAGUGUGAAGAAGCAUAACUCUGUAUGUGAUGGGGGAAAUAGUUAAAUGUCCACUUUCCCCUAGUGUCCAAUUCAAAGUCCACCACAUCAGUUUUUAAGGAAAAAUUGAAAUGUUAGAACUGUUUAUGGAUCACCCAUGUUCAGUUCUAAAGAUGGGCAGGAAUGAUGUUACAGAAUCUGACGCUAGGUCUUGCCUUAGUGAGGUGUCUCCAAAUUCCCUCUUGAUCUUACUGGGUUCAGCAUUUGAGAAGACAGCAGCCAUAUGCUUCAGUUGGUUAUGCUGCUUUAGUAUUCCUCACUUGCACAUGCAGAAUAUGACUGUUUUCCAGUGUGGUUGCUUUUCCUCCCAUUCAAAAGAUAAACGGUGUUUCUUGGCCUAGUUCCCAUUAAGAUCUCUAGCAGACAGGCAGGUAUAAUGGGAAUUUGAAAUGCCCUCUGGACCUACCGCUGAUGCCUGCAUUUGUUAUGUUCAGAUCCACAAGUCGCUGGGUUUGGAUGGCAUUCACCUGAGAAUACUCAAAUUAACUCAAAUGUGAAAUUGCUGAUUUUAUAAAAGAAAAUGUAACAUCUCCGUAAGACCAUCCUCCAUACAUGAGAACUGGAAAGUAGCCAAUGUAACACAUUAUUAUUAUUAUUAUUAUUAUUAUUAUUAUUAGGAUUGGGUGAGGGAGGGAUCCUGGAAAUUACAGGCUUGUUACCUUAAUAUCUGUCCUGGGGAAACAGGUCAAAGGUAUUGUUAAAGAGAAGAAUCACCAAAUAAUAAAGAAGAACAAGCCUUGCUGAAGCAGAACCAGCAUGGCUUCUGCAAGAGUAAGUCCUGUCUCACUAGCCUAUUAGAGUUCUCUGAGAAUGUUGGCAAGUGUAUUGAUAGAGGUCAUCCAGUUGACAUAGUAUACUUACGGCUUAUUCACACUUCCUCUUUCCCCUAGGGGUAACCACUCUUUAGUGUUCAAUUGGAGCAAAUGGCAGUCUAUUUUUCUGAGGAUUGCUCUUUAUUCCGAUUUAAAGCUAAAGAACAGGUUUUCCCUGGGAAAGGAUUGGAGCAAGGGGGAACUGCUCAGACUUGCGCUUUCUGUGCACAGAACAAGCAGAAGUAUAGAAAAGCCCUUAGACUUUCAAAAAACUUUCGACAAAGUACCUUACUGAAAAUUCCUGUGUAAGUUUAGUAGUCUUGGAAAUAACAGGCAGAGUCUUCUAGUGGCUCAGAAACUGGUCAAGUAACAAGAGCAUACAGUAGGAAUAUAUGGACAUUUCUCCCAAUAGAUGUAGAAAGUGAAGUCUUCCCCAAGGAUUGGUACCUAUGCUUUUACACAUUUUUCACAAAUAAUCUAGAGUUAGGGUUGAGCAGUGAGGUGUCCAUGUUUGCUGAUGAUACUAAGUUGUUCAGGGUCAUUAAAAUGAAAAGGGAUUGUGAAUAAGUACCAAAGGUCCUCUCCACACUGAAUGAAUGGUAAAAUGACAAAACUAACUCAGUGUUGUAACAAUGUACAAAGUGAUGCAUGUCAGGCAAAAGAAUCUUCACAUAUACACAUUGGCAGUUGGACGAAGAUGUCAGUCCAGUGUGUGGCAGCUGUGAAAAAGGCAAAUUCCAUGCUAGGGAUCAUUGGGGAAGGAACUGAAAAUAAAACUGCCAAUAUCACAGUGCCAUUAUACAAAUCUAUGGCGUGACCACACUUGGAACACUCUGUGCCAUUCUGGUCACCUCACCUUCAAAAGGAUGUCAUGGAAUUGGAAAAUGUUCAGAAAAGGACAAACAAAAUUAUCAAGAAGAUGGAGCAACUCUCCUCUGAGGAAGGUUUACAGGACCAGAGGCUUUUUAGUUUAGAGAAAACGAGAGUAAGAUAGAAGGGGCUACCUUUGAAGGUGACCUGGAAAGUACAAUUAAUCCAGAAUGCAGCAGGUAGACUAGUGACUGGGAACAGCCACCGCGACCACAUAACACCAGUCCUGAAAGACCUACAUUGGCUCCCAGUAUGUUUCCGAGCACAAUUAAAAGUGUUGGGGCUGACUUUUAAAGCCCUAAAUGGCCUCGGCCCUGUAUACCUGGCCCCUGUCAUUAAGCCCGCACCCUGAGGACCUUCUGGUAGUUCCCACCCUGGGAGAAGUGAAGCUACAGGGAACCAGGCAGAGGGCCUUCUCGGUGGUGGCGCCCGCCCUGUGGAACGCCCUCCCAUCAGAUGUCAAGGAGAUAAAUAACUAUACAGCCUUUUGAAGACAUCUGAAGGCAGCCGGGUAUAGGGAAGCUUUUUAAGGUUUAAUGUUUUAUUAUGCUUUCAUAUAUGCUGGAAGCCACCCAGAGUGGCUGGGGCAACCGAGUCAAAUGGUCAGGACAGACAAAGCAGUGUAUAGUUUAACUAUGGAAUCAGCUCCCUCAGAAGGCAGUGAUGGCCACCAGCUUGAAUGGUUUUUUAAAAAGAAUUAGACAAAUCCAUAGAGGACAAUGGCUACUAGCCACAAUGGCUGUGUUCAGUGGCGUAUGAAGGGCGGGCGCAGGCAGCUUGCCGCCCCGGGUACUGCCUGGGGGGUGACAAGAUGGCUCGCUGCCUCCCCACAGAGCGGCAGAGGGCACACAAGCACAGUCAGUGUGGGCGCCACUUGCACUGCUCGCACAGCAACCGUACAGGCUGCCACGCUUGCGCAGUCCGCAUGGGCUGCUGCUCGCGCACAGAGUCCAUACGGGCGUCUGUACGGGCUCCUCGCACGCAGCGUCCAUAUGGGCUGCCGCUUGCGCGUGGCGUCCGUACGGGCCGCCGCUCGCGUGGCAACUGUAUGGGCAUCUGUACGGGCUGCCGCUCAUGUGUGGCAUCUGUACGGAUGUCCGUAUGGGCUGCCUCUCAUGUGGCGACUGUACAGGCUGCUGCAUGUGCACAGUCUGUGAGGACAUCACGCGUGCAUCACUAGGUGGUUCGACCCGCCGUGGAUGACUGAGAGGGUCCCUCUGCCACUGGCCAUGUUCUCCCCUCCCUGUAAGAGGCACCAGUUGGUGGGAAUCACAGGUUGGCAAAGGGCUGCUGCGCUCAUGUCUAGCUUGCAGGCUUCCCACAGGGAUCUUGCUGGCAAUAGUGAGAACAGGAUCCUGGAUUAGAUGGGCUAUUGGCCUGAUUCAGUAGGCUCUUCUUACGUUCUGAAAAGUACAGAACACAUGCAAAUUGCACCAGUAAUGAAUGGUACAUGCAUGCAUACAUCACUGCUUUUUCUUUGUAAAAUGCUUGUGAAUGGGGCCCCGUCCUUCCCCAUUACUACUUGUGCAUAUUUUAAGGGAAGUUCAUAUUUGCAAUGCUUAUACUUAUGUUUUGUUCUUGUAUCUUUGCCCUAUCUUUGCCAUACCACCAUAUGUUACAAUUUACAGAAUUUGGCUUGAAAAUUUAAUUUUUUACUGCAAUUCAAACUGUAGUCAUUAUAGCAGUGCAUUACAGAUGCCUCUUUUGCAACCUAGAAUGUACUUUACUUGACCAUGUUAAGUAUUGGGUGGCAAUACUUUUUCCUGAUUGCCUCUCUGUAACUUUGUUAAAGGACUUUUUGCAGUGUGUGCUUUGCAGUUGGAUUGAUGCUUGAUCUGAUAUAUUUAGAAGAGCAACGCACAGUUAGUGAUGAUACGGGUUAUUUCACAUAGAAAUGGAAUGUUGUGGAUUACCUAAGUUUCUUUCUGUAUGUUUCUUACACUUUAAAUCUCAGCAUUAUAGAUGCUUUGAUGCAGUUAGCUUGUUUAAUACGAGACAGAUUGUUUCACAGAAAGUAAACAAAGUUUUGAUAAUUUAAUUCCCUUAUUUUGACACCAUAGCUGAAGCUUUAGAGGUUUCUGUCCGGGUAAUAAGAUUUAAAAUAUUUCUAAAAUGUUUUUCUUUCUCCCCUUUAAACUAGAUGGAUAUUUUUAUGUGUUAAAUUUUCAGUGGCUUAGAUAGAAUUAAUCCCUUUGGGGAUGUUGAUUGGAUUUCCGUUUCCCAAUUUUCUGCAGUAUAUCCAAGUUCCCAGAGGUGCUUUGAGUAGCCAUUUGACCAAAUUUGCUAAGCUUUCUUUUUAAACCUGUUAAGACUUCCAGUAUAAUAUUAUGUUCAUCAAAGUUUUAUUUGGAUUAGGUUUGGGAAACUGCAACACUGUUUAACAACUCGGGUAGUUCUGCCCACAGACUACAGCUGAAUCUCAAUAAUAUAAAGUGCCUUCAUUCAAAGUAUCACAGUCCUCUUCUUAUACGGGACAUGUUGAUAUGAGUGUUUGUUAUUAGCAGCAAAGACCUAAAAACAUGUAACAUUGGAGAGGGUUGGACUAGAUGACGCUUGGGUCCCUUCCAACUCUUAAUAUUUUAUUAUUCUACGCACAUUACUCACACCCGUCUAUGAAAUAUUAUACGUUUACCCAGUUUCCUUGAUGCUUCAUUGUAUUUGACCAAUAUGAAUCAUUUUAGCAAUGCCAAACUUUAUUCUUUUGCAGUGACCUAUCCUCAGGACCUCUUUGCAGAGAACCAUUAAUUCAGUCAGGUUAAUGUCACUUGAACUCACACCAACCUCGGCUUUGUUUAUGAGAAAAGCUGGCUAGACAGUGGGCUGUGCAGGCUCCUAAAGAGGAGCUCACAGCUGCAUCACUCCUUCCUGAUCCUUUUUGAUGCCAGGCAUGAAACAAAGGACUUGUCCACCCUUACCUUUCUUCUGCUCUUUCCAGGCAUGGUCCACCAUUUAAAGCUCUGUGUCUGAACACCCUUUUUUUUUUUUUUUGGCUCUGGAGCUUUACCUGCAAAAACCUGCUCUUUAAAGCUCAGUCGGAGCAAACAUCAAUCCAUGGAAAACCCGAACUGAUUGAGUUUCAAAGAGUGGUUCUUCAUAGGGCAAAGUUUGGGGCGGGGGGAACCACUUAGACAUAGAGUAUUAAAGCUCUGCCUGAGAAAAGGUAAGUGUAGAAAAACCCUCAGCCAAGUUUUGGUUUCGUGUGUCAUCCAAAUUGGAACUCGUGAGGAGAGAACUUUGGGCUGCAAAUGGGGGUGAAAACUGCAGCUUUGACAUUGCUGUCAGUAACUUCCCUAUUCACCCUCCAUAUCUUACUAUUGUCAUUGCUAUGGUCAGAAAUCACCGUAUUUUUCGCUCCAUAAGAUGCAUCAGACCACAAGACGCACCUAGUUUUUGGAGGAGGAAACAAGAAAAAAAAAAUAUUCUGAAUCCCAGAAGGCAGAACAGCAAGAGGGAUCUGGCUUCUGGGAUAGCCUCUUGCUGUUCUAGCUUAUGGGAUAGCCGCGCGCAGCCUCUCCCGGGCAGGAGGAUGAAGGCUCCCCCUGCCCGGAACAGGCUGCGCAUGGCUAAGGCAGAAGGCUCCCCCAAGAGCCGCGCUCCCUUUAAAGAGCGUGCGGAGCGUGUGUGCGGCUCUCGGGGGCUUUUCCCCAAGGAGGGAGAAGGGCAGACCUUCUCCCUCCUCAGGGAAAAGCCCCCAAUAGCUGCACACACAGUCCAUGUGGCUCUUUAAAGGGAGCGCUGAGCAGAGCCUCCUGCUUGCAUUCGCUCCAUAUACGCACACACAUUUCCCCUCACUUUUUAGGACGGGGAAAGUGCGUUUAUCAUAGAGCGAAAAAUACGGUAACUAACAGUUGCUGGGGCCAGGAAGGAAUUUUACACACAAAUGCAAUUGUGAGGGUUCUGCUAUCCCUAUAGCAAUUUUGGGAUUUGGUCCUGAUGGAGAACUUUCAUUGCAAGUGGAGUGGGUGAGCAUUGGGCAGGAUCCAUAGUUGGGGUAAGUGGGGAGGAGGAAUCUGUUUUCUGCUUGAGAGAUGCCCAUAGGAGGUCUGGGGGUUUCACACUAUGGCCUCAGUCCCAGCUUAGGGGGCUGGUACGGUUGCUACACUCCUAUGUUGCUUGGAGAGCCCAUGGUGGCUCCCUGAAUAUUGAUCCAGCGCUCUUAACUGGGAGGGUGCCAUUGUUCAGCAACCGAGCUGCCUGAUAAUGGGACGGUUGCCCUGUGCCAUGCCAAACUCUGGUAAGCUGUAAACAGUAAAGCGGCCAACAUUAAACCCAUGCCAGCCUUAUUGAAUUCAUUGUUCCUGCACGAUUUGCUUCACUGUGUGUGGGUGCAGAAUUGGAUUGCGAACAUUCUGACAGCUUUGUUCACUAGCGCUUGGCAUGUUUGUGGACAUUCCAAGCCUUCGCAGCAGCUGAGCCAAUUGGUGUCUGAGCCUUCCUCAUUGCAAGUGCAACACGGCCAUCAGCUGGGUAGCUCUGUCGGUUAGAGCACGGUGCUGGUAAAGAGUCUUUGCAUUCAUUCGCUCAAUAUUUGAGGGCUUUCCUUAGUCAAGGAAACCUUGAGUCACUGUAACAUUUUAUAUGCAACAUUUAGAAUAAUACCUUGCAGAAGAAUUAAAUACUAUGGGAUGAAUACUGUUGUGUGAUCAAGGCCUGAAGGUUGCUUUAUGAAGCAAUUCUGCCGUGAGGCUUCUUCCCAUUAUGUGCAUACACUUGAUCCCCGGCAGAGUUCAUUUGCCGCUAGUUGUGUCAACAAUGAGAUCUAGCUCCUCCCUAUUGACUGCUUUAGUGACCACCCUUCUUUUUUUAAUAUUAAAAGGCCCCUAAAGACUAGCAGUGGAAAAUCAGCUGGUUAGUGUUACAUCUAAGGGGAAAAUAAGAGAUUAUUUCAGGGAAAUCUUUUUCUGAAUUUAGUUAUGCUGCUAUGAUUGGCAUCCAUCAGAGGAAAGUAUGUACCAUGCAGCAGGUCUAAAACUGAAAAUUUACAUCUUAAAAUUUUAUGUUUUGUAUGAUUUAUGUGCCUUAUGUGUUUUUAUCUUAUCAUUGUCUAUCAUAAUUGAGAGAAUGCGUAAGGGCACCCCCUAUUUUGACAGUUGCCCUGUCACCUAUUUAGCAUGCUCUGUUUAUGUAUGUAAAUGCUUUUACCAUAUGCUGGCCUAUGGCCGUAAUAAGGAUUUGACUUGACUAGUUGGAGGAAUGUACAAGGAAGAGUAUAAAAUAUUGGCAAAACUAGUCAACGUCAUUCAGGCAGUUGCUGAGAACCCUCUUAGAAUUCAAAGUGACGCAAGGGUAUUCAACACAACAAGCUCCAACUGCUUCUGAAUCAUGCCUAUAAUUGCUGCUAUAUUUCAUCAAUGAGCUAGCAUUAUCGUCACUUGUCUAUGCUUUUUCAUCCUAUUGUGAUUUUUCGGUUGUGUGGGUGUGCAGUGAAGGCUUCUGUUUGUAAUUGGCGAUAUUUAUCACUUGUUGCAUUAAGUGUGAGCAAAAGGCAGCAGAGGAAGUGUAUGUUCAGUACUCUUUCCUCCAAUCUGGCCAAUGCAGGGUUUUUUUUCUUUUCUUUUUUUGCAAAUUCAAUGAGAUCCAAACGAUUCUCUUUUAUUAUUAGUUAUUUUGUUCAUUAGUACUGUUAUACUUUAGUACUAUCACUUGAGCAGUGACAGCCUUAGUAUACAGACCUUAGUAUACAUUCAUCACUUGUAAGUAGUGAACAGAAAUAUGGAUAUGAUCAAUUCAGUUUCUUGAAUUGCAUGAAUCUAUUUCUUCUAGCACACUUCUUCCCUUAUUGUGGUACAUAUUGGUCUGGAUUGCAUGAAUUGUUUUCUUGGGUGCUGGUGGGUGAUCAGCCCUUCUUGUGUUAGCGAGCGUUACAGUUUCAUAAACUCCGAGGGCUGGUUCAUAUCGUUGGCUGUCACCUGAAGAAUAUGUGGAUCUCCAGAUGUGGGUGCCAGGAAGAAAUAUGUCUUCCCUUCCCCAUACACACACUUGGAAAAAGUGCUUUCACCAUUGCAAAUACUAGCAACAGCAAACUGCUCUCUUCCAUGUAAUUAGAGGAAUGCACUGCUGAUGAUGUGGGUUGCAUCAUAUGCAAGGUCCUUGGAAAUUUUGACAUGCGGUCAGGAAAUCACUUCCUGCUUCUUACCUAUUUCCAAAAGAGUGAUUAAGCUCAGCUAUUAGCAUUGUGUUGUUUUCAUUGAUUGGUGUUCCGUUCCAUUCAAGGUUAUUAAUCAUGCAUAACCUUCAAAUUCCAUAUAUAUAUAUAUAUUCCAAAGAAUGAAAGGGAGGAAAAAACCAAAAAAGCUUACUGACAUUUCCUAAUCAUCUUUCAAUAGGUUAGAACAAAAUUAAAAUAAGCACGAACCCUUAAGUGUUUUGUAAAAGUUGCUUGCAAAUCUUUUAUAGAAAGGAAUGGUAACUUAGCAAAUUUGUUACAUAUUGUGUGCCCAUGAACUAGAAGGCAAUGUAUGACCUGUUUCCUUAUUACUGUGUUUGAGUGGUAUGAGAACAAUCCUUUAAUAGUGGGAAGAUAUUUUUGCAUUUUUAAGGUCUCCAGGUGACACCUCCAGGAACAUGAAUUUUUUUUAACCUGUUUUUAAAAUUAGUAUUAUUAAUUAUCCAAAUAUCUUUAUGAAAAUAGAAGUUACGAAACAUCACUCUGGAAAGCCAUUUCCAUACACGUUGCCCCAAAUGGAAGAAGCCUGCUGAGAACCUCAAAUCUAUUUAUCUUACUAUUCUUAUUUGAUGUUUCAAUAUAGCACUGCAGCAAUCAUCUGAAUAUUGUCUAAAAUACUGUAAGGGAAAACACUAUUGAAUUAACCGACCUUGCAGGAUUUGCAUUGCCUUAAAUUAUGUUAUGGAAACUGAGUAAGGUAUAUCUAACAAUUACUAACAAAAUAAUUUUGUUGCAAAUAUUUUUGUUAGCGAUCCUCUGAAACCUUCAAACAUUGUGUAUAAAUUGACAGUUCUUAACAUGCUCAGGUGUACUAUAUGAUCUCCCCCCAGCUUAAUAUAUUAUGUCAAUAAGCAUUUGAGCUAUGAUCUCAAACACAGACCACCUUCUGUACAGAAACAUACAGACUUUGGUGUAAUAAAUGCACAUCUGAAGGUGUCCCAGUUUUGUAUAAUUUUUGGCACAUCUCUUUUUUUCUUCAGUACCUCAUGCCCACCUGCAUGCAUGUUGACUGUUGAUAAGAACAUAGCCAGAGCCUGCUGGAUCAAGCUAAUGCCCAUCUUUUCCAACAUCAUGUUUUCAUAAUGGCCAACCAGACAGAAGCUUGUGGGAAGCCUGCAAUCAGGGCAUGAAUGCGACAGUGCUCUGCUCACCUGCUAUUCCCAGCUGGUAUUGAGUGAAGGUAGAGCAUAGUCUUUGUGGCUGGCUAGUAGCCAUUGAUACCUUUUAAAGCCUGUGUUAUAGGAGAAGAAAUCCAUCUUGCAGUCAGAGAUGUGUCAUCACAUCUCUGGUAUCACGAUUCUCUGGCUCUCCCCGUGUUAUUACUUAUUUGUUGUGAGGAAUUUUUAAAAACUCCGAUUUUGAAAUAUGACUAAUGAACAGUUUUUAAAACAUUCUUAGUCAUGCAGUCUUUCAGGCAGAGGUUAUUUAAAUAAAUAGGUUUAUCUGAUAUCUAUAUACAGCCAAGAGAGUGUGAAGAUUUUUAUUUUUUAUUUUUAAGCAGCAACAUUAAAAUGAUCUCCAGCCCACACCUGAAGCUUGGCCCAACUCUUAGACACUUCCGAAAUGAUAUGCCGGUUUGGAAUCCUGUUGAAGGUUUGGGUAGAAAUUCUAUACCUUGCAAUGUAGUGAGAACUUGGCAAAACUGCUUGGUUUUGGCAAUUGCAAUGGGACACAAGAGGGAGGUGGGAUCAGGGCUUAUUUUUUUCCAGCUGGAAUUUGCUGGAACUCAAUCCUGGCAGCACUCAGGUGGGCGCCAUUGCCAUUCCAAAAGAAUGAGUGCUCAUAGUGAAUUCCAGCACCUCCUUUUCUAGAAAAAAAACAGCACUGGGUAGGAUCCAUAUGUGCCCUUGAGAGAGCAGGGUGACAGUCUGUGUGCUGGGGCAGUAAUGUAGUACGUUUGCGGUAUCUUCUCCCAUUGUGUCCUACAAGACUUGAAGCUUCCAGAGAGCAUCACAGGCAUUCAGGUGUGCAGUGAGUAGCAGCACUCUUAACAAUAGGCCAUUGAUGUCAUAAAUGGUGGUGGCCAGGUUCUCUGCAUUUGAGUAGAAGUGGGUGCACCUAUAAUAAAUGUUGGCCACGACUGGACCGAAUGGUCAGGAGUCCCUUUACCUUUACACCAGCAAUAUGGACAACAACUGGUUUUAUUUAUUGGUUUCUGGUUCACAGUUUUCAGUUUGGCAUCCAUCUUCGAACUGUUACCAGGAUCACAGGUCUCGAUGGAGCUCAGUUCCAACUAGUUCUCGAGAGACCACUUUUGCCUUUUGGCCACUAGGAGGCAGCCAUAGAAACAUAUUACAUCAUCCCUUUCUGUCACUUGGGCUUUUGGAGUGAAACUAUAAAUUCAAGGGGAUCCCUGUUAGCCUGUGUCAAGUGGAAAGAGGCAAACUCAACCCAGGAUAGGAGCCCACAACCUCUCAGGAAUAUAUAUUUCUGAUAAUAGAAUAUAUAUUGCCAUUUAUUCCUAAUCAUUGAAUAUUUACUGUUCAGUGCAUGAGUUGACAGUGCAGACUAAUUCGCAUUGCACCAAAUUGUAUGGAUUAAGAACGGAGCUGAAUUACUGUGCGCUAUGAGUUUUAAAUUCAACUUCUUUAAAUGUGUUUGAUGUGAAUAAAUUUUCACACACACACAAACACACUUUUUAUUUUAGGCCACUUUUCUGAGUUACUAUCUGUCCAGAACGGCUUACAAAUGAACAAAAGAUUUUUAAAAGGUAUACAACAGUCCAAAAUUUGAAACUUUAGAAUACUGCAAAUCAACUUUUGACUAAAAAAAAAUACAGAACCAGAAGGAAUAUAAUUGAGACAGGCUGUCACCCAGCUAACGACCAUCAUGCCUGGAAGGAAAGAUGACAAAUUAGCCUUAGGGUCUUCUGAAAGCCUGCAGCACAGAGCUUUGGUUUAGGCCCAGCAGAAGGAAAUUCUAAUGCAAUAGGGCCACCAUAGAGAAGGAUCUCUCGUGGCCACCCCCUCCACCAACCUAGGGGGUGAAAAUACCAUGGGAUUCUCUGAAGAGGAUCUUAAAGUGCAGGCUGGAUAAUAUGGGUAUGAGUGGUCCAAUUAAUCGCUUGGGCCCGGCUGGUUAGAGUUUUAAAGGUCAAAACCAGCACUUUGAAUUGGGUUUGGAAAUACACUGGUAUUCAGUCCAGCUGAUACAGUAAUAUAAUUUGAAUGGUGAAAUGAGUGAUUUUGCAACAUUUUAAAUAUUUGUAUAAAUUAAUUCCAGCAAAAUAAUGCAAAUGGAAGGGAAGUAAACUUAUCAAAGCAAAGUUCAAGCAGGAAGUUCAAAUGGGGAAAGUGAGUGCAGUUUUUCAAGCAGCUGCCUUUGAUUCUUUCCCCUCUUGUCUCUUUGAGUGUGUAUUGGGCUUGGUUCUUCAAUUGGCUGAGGAACCAUCUGCAAACCACUGCUGAACUAGUAGAAGGAGUAUCUCUUUACUUGCAGUGGCUAUGUUAUAGUUCCACACCAUACCAACCGAACCUUGAGCUCUGCUGCGCUGGUUUUAUCAAAGGGUAGUCCCAAGCAGUUUUUUAAUAUAUAAAUACUGUGGUGCCUCUGGUUACAGACGCUUCAGGUUACAGAGUCUGCUAACCCAGAAAUAGUACCUCAGGUUAAGAACUUUGCUUCAGGAUGAGAACAGAAAUCGCGCGGCGGUGGCGCAGUGGCAGCGGGAGGCCCCAUUAGCUAAAGUGGUACCUCAGGUUAAGAACAGUUUCAGGUUAAGAACGGACCUCCGGAACGAAUUAAGUUCUUAACCCGAGGUACCACUGUAGCAUAAAAUCAUUUCCCCGAUAAAGCAUCUACUCAAACUUGUUGGGAGCCACACCAGCUUGUGCAACUGUCUUUUUUGACAAAAGCCAUCUUCUUUCACUGUGUUGGGUUAGACAUACCUAACAAAUAUUAGUUCUAUUUGGGCAUGCAAGCAAGCAGAGUGAAUGGAGAUGAGCUUGCUAAGCUCUGCACCCUUCCUUCACAACAUCACUCUGCUUUUCACUCCCCACAAGUCAUUGUUCGAAGUCUGAAGUGGGGAGCUGCUUCUUAUUCCUAGAGGCUCCCUGCAUGUUAUAGAGCCUCACUUUCCCAGGAUUCUGAAUCACUCAAGAGAAUCUGUAUUGAACAGAGGAGUCUCCCUGCUUUAGACUUUGCUCUCCAAGCCAUGGCAAACAGUAGAAAUGUUCAGCCUUUAUAUGCAAGCAACAUGUCCAAAAUAAGGCUGUAGUGUAUAUCUGAACAUACUGACUGUGUUCCAAGGCUGAAAUUGUAUAUAAGAACAACAACUACAACAACUUAUUAUUUAUACCCCGCCCAUCUGGCUGGGUUUUCCCAGCCACUCUGGGCGGUUCCCAAUCGGAUAUUAAAAACACAAUACAGCAUUAAACAUUAAAAACUUCCCUAAACAGGGCUGCCUUCAGUUAUAAAAGUCAAUGACAGGAGAAUUUGCUAAUAGGAUUGGCAGAUUAAAUAUUUAAAGGACAAUGGCUGGGAGGAGUUUUGUGUGCAAUAAAGAAUAUCUAUUAGGUUGUACGGCAUAAUGUAUUAAAAUGCGGAUAAUACUUUAUGUUGUAUUGUGAGGUAAUAUAGCCUGUACAUGUAUAAAAUUCAAAGUACAGAAACCUAGGUAUAAUAGGCUCCCUUCCGCGACUCAUGUAUGUUUAGCAGAAUAUAGAUAUAUCUCAAAUGGCAUAUACCAUAAGCCUGAAGCUUGCACGCAUAUAACUUGUGCACAUUCAGCUUUAUACGCUUGGUUUCUUUAAAAAAAGAAAUAAAUUAAAAAGGGGACGGAAAGGGGAUGAGUGUCUGGGGAAAAGGGGUUUGGCUCAGUGUGUUUUGACUAUACAGUGGUAUCUCGGGUUAAGAAUUUAAUUCGUUCUGGAGGUCCAUUCCUAACCUGAAACUUCUUAACCUGAGGUACACUUUAGUUAAUGGGGCCUCCCGCUGCCGCCACACUAUCUCUGUUCUCAUCCUGAAGCAAAGUUCUUAACCAGAGGUACUAUUUCUGGGUUAGCGGAGUCUGUUACCUGAAGUGUCUGUAACCUGAAGCGUCUGUAACCUGAGGUACCACUGUACGUGAUUUUGGGUUUAGACACAAUGCCUGGAAUGUAACCCAUGCAUAAGUUGCGGGCUUUCUGUAUAAUGAAACUUCAUAUCUAGCCAGAACCUUUACCCCAAAUACUAGCAACUGAGACAAAGUACCGCUGAUGACACUAAACUGUGGUUUAGCACUAAAUCGUGCACUUUCCUCUCCCCCCUUCUUUGGUCCAGCUGUGACUGUUUUAAAUUAAAUGCCAUUCAUCAUUAUGUCUGAAUCCUAAGAUGUGUUUAAUUUCAAAUAAAGUUUAGAGGAACAAAGCAACUUUGUGAGCCAUGCUUUAAAGCUGUCUUGUUUCAGUCCAAGCCAAGACUGAAAAACAGUUUGUCCAGGUUCAGAAUGAAGGAUAAGCUGCUGGCCAUGCUGGAGGAAAGGUGAGCUGGUUUCUGAUGAGCCUGGGGUUAAUUUGUUUAAUGGCAAAUCAUAGUGUAGCAUUACACCCAAAUGAGGCCACUGUUUGGGUGAUUCUUUCUGCUGAAUUAGGUGUAUGGGUUUUCUUUGCAGCUGACAUACGUGGAAUCAUACCCCCACGAUAUACUGGUGACCCUGAGGUGUCUUUAUGUUUUCUUCUGUUGGGCUCACUUGUUUGAGUCACCUUUUGAGCAAGAACUACUUUAGACAUAUCAUUUCUGCUGCCUGGGCAUGGCACCAUAUCAGUCUGGAUUAACAGGUGGAAGAUCACUAAUGGAGAGGCAGGAUUCAAAUUCAAUCAAUUGAAUUUGAAGGGUGUUUUCUAUUUAAUCAUUUGCCAUUUCAUUGCCCCAGCAGGCAUAUUUUGCAAUCCAGAACAGCAGCAAACAACCAGAUGUUGGGAUGCAAUCAGGUCAAAGUUUUAUUGACUGCAGUAGGCAGGGGUAAGGGUUGGCAUGGCAGCGUGGCCAGGAUCAGUUUAUCAAUCCACCCACCCCUUGCUGGUGAAAUGUGUUCAACUGUGGCUGGACUGCAUCAUACCCAUUUCACAGGAGUCGCCCAGUUCUAAACCCUAUCAUGGUGCAAGCCAAGCUUCCAAAGUUUCACUGGGCAACCAGGGUGAGGAGUCCAGCCAGCCAGAGACCCCAGCCUGAGCUUGGGACAUGCCAUGGCCAAUCCUCCCUUAGACCCCUUAUGGGCUUCACACUUCACUGUGUUAUCCCUGCCCAGUGCACUUAUACAACAUUAUUCCACCUAAGGAAGCCAUAAAUGUUCCUUGGGGGGAAGGCAAAACAACAACAACCACAACAACCCAACCAAGGUUUGAGAGAGAAAAUUCCUUUCCAGCCCUGUCAACUAGUGGUCCGAAUUGCUCAGUGAAGGAUCUAACAUGAGGGUGGGUAGCUCACAGGGCAAAACCGCCCCCAAUCCAAAAUAGCCUACAGGAGAACUUUCUCAUUUGCUGGUUGUCAGACCCUGCUGGGUGUGGUGGUUAAGAGCGGUAGACUUGUAAUCUGGAGAAUCGGGUUCGCGUCUCUGCUCCUCCACCUGCAGCUGCUGGGUGACCUUGGGCCAGUCACACUCCUUUGAAGUCUCUCAGCCCCAUUCACCUCACAGAGUGUUUGUUGUGGGGGAGGAAGGGAAAGGAGAAUGUUAGCCGCUUUGAGACUCCUUAGGGUAGCGAUAAAGCAGGCUAUCAAAUCCAGACUCCUCUUCUGCACCACUGGUCACAGCUGCCCUGCACCUGGAAGGUGGCUAAGUGCAACUGUUUUUCCCGGACAUUUGCUUUAACAUGUAAAAUUCCCCCCCAAAUGGGCAUGUAGACCCCCCCCCCCAGAAGAGGAUGUGUCCAAGAAUUCCCGGACUUAUGGCAGCCCUAUCUUAUAGUGGACUUUUCUUUUUUAAAGAAAGAACUGUGGGGGAAAUAUAUUUAUAAAUUAUCAUAUUGCACAAUACAGUGGAACCUCGGAAGCUGAACACCUGUAAACUCGAACAUUUCGGCUCCUGAAAGGUCGAAAACCAGAAGUGAUUCUUCCGGUUUUCAAAUGAUUUUCAGAAGCCGAACAUCCGGUGCUGCUUCUGCAGCUUCCGAUUGGCUGCAGGAUGCUCCUGCAACCAAUCAGAAGCCGCACCUAGGAAGUCGAAUGUUUUGGAAGUCAAAUGGACUUCCAGAACUAUUCCAUUUGACUUCCAAGGUACGACUGUAGUUCAUUUGUUCAGUUCAUUUUGUUUUUAUAUAUGUUGUAAGCCACCCAGAGUGGCUAGGAAAACCCAGUCAGAUGGGCUGGGUAUAAAUAAUAAAAUUAUUAAAUUAUUAUUAUUAUUUGCUUAUGGAGGCAAGUCCCUACAGCUGUCACCCUGAACCACCUGAACCUAGAGAACACAGGUAUGUUCCAUCUCAUGAAGACAAGUAGUCUUUCCAUUAAUGUCUAGUAACCCUAGUUGAGAUAAUUUACCUGUUUUUUGAGGUAAGGCAAGACAGGGCAGUUGUAUGACAAAAACAUUAUUUAAUAAAAAUUCAAUUAUUAUUAUUUGCUUUAUACAUGGCAUGAAUAUGGGUAAUUCUAAUGGAGCUUGACAUGAUCAUUAGCAUUACUAGCGCAAUUCUAUGCAUGUCUACUCUAAAGUAAGCCCCACUGAACUCAAUGAGACGUGCUCCCAGGAAAGAGGGUAAAGGAUUGUGGCACAUCCCCAAUUUGGGGAUGAUUUACCACUUCCCAAGUUUGCUGUGGCCAGGACAGAAGAUGCUGGGGGUUAUCAAGGAAAUUUUGGAUUCAAGGCCACCCCAGAUAGAUAGAUCCAUUGGAAUAUUGUGGUCCAUGUCACCUGUAGGAAAACCACUAGAAGUAGACCUGUGCCUAUCAAGCUUUCUGUCGGUCUACCAGUGGCCAUUGGGAUGAAUGGGCUGUACUGUUGGCAGAGUACUUCCCCACCAAUGGAGGUGCAGAUGUGCUUCAUUCUAGCUCCUCUCAGCCAGCCUUCAACAGGCGUUUGAAGGAUUGCUUUAAAACUAAGCAGUAUUUUGUAUAUAUUUAUUUCAAAAUUUGUAAACAUAAUGAUAAGUAUUUAGCAAAUUUGUAGUGUACUUUCUGAAGCUGUAUAAAUGCACUUUUAAGCUUUAAAUAAAUGUGUUUUAGGUUUAUAGCAAGCAAUUAGUCUGCACUUUUACUUAGUAAGAAUCUAAAUAAUAAAUGGAUUUUUUUAUUUAAAUCAAUUAUUUAAAUUGGUUAUUUAAAUCAGUGAUUUAUACCCUAAUGAGCUUAGUGCUGGGGAAAUCAGGAUUGUUAAAAUAAAUGUGGAGAUUAUUUAUAUUAUUUUAACUGAUAUGAAUAUUUUAUUUUUAUAUUGUUGUAACUCACCCUGGUGCACUAUGGUGAAGGGGGAUCAAGAAGAAGCAACAACGAAUUGAUGGUGAUGAUGAUUUGUGACCCAUUGAAACUCUAUUCAGUGAGGUACAAAGGCAGAUGGGUGUAAUGGUGUGGUUUUGGAAGAUAGAUCUGAGUUUUAAAGGGGGGAAAGUUGGUAGGUUGGAAAUAACUGAACAUUAAUCCAGAUUCACAAAACCAAAUCACUAUGGCAAAAUUCUCUGAAAAGUAAGCUAUAAAUAACUUUACCACAUUUUAAAAAAUGUGUGUGUGAAUUGCCUUCAAAGCUAUAUCUACUCCAGACCAACAGAAGUCAAUGGCACUUAAACGGAUUUUUGGGCAGCCAUGCCUGCUUAUGUCAUUUUUAAAAUCGCAACUCAAUGUGCUGAUCUUAAAUUUGUUAUUUAGAAGCAAGCCCUAUUGAUUUUAACAGAGUUUAGUUCCAACUGAGGUACAAUCUGAUGUUUGUAUGCACCACUUGGGAAUAAGCACAGUGGGACUUACUCCCAGGUAAAGAUGGAUUUGAUCAUUCUACAUGGUUGGUUGGGAUUGAAAGUACCAAAACUCAUGAGAAGUUUGAUCCCAUCCCACCUAUAGCUCCUGGGGCACAAGUAGAAGCAAAUUCUUAGCCAGAGAAAGUGACACACUGCAGCAGUAUGAGCACUAGGGAUAGGAUAUCGUGGAAAUAGAAGUGUUGAAGGAUGGCAUGUUGAUCCUUACAAAACAGGGAAUAACUCUGUACUUGCUGCUUGAUAACCUAACUAUUUGGAAAGGCCAUAAGAUUAAGCUUUGAGUUUAUGGAUGGUUAAAGAAGCUAGUUCACUUAAAACAGAUUUUACAAGCAGUUUGUGAAUGUAUGUUUCAUAUAUGAUUCUUAUACAUGAUACUCACUUUAUGUUUUCUCUCCAGUGAGAAUUGGGGAAAGAUAGCCACAGUGGAAAUAACAUAUUAUUUUCACAUGAAACAAUGUAUAUUUUGGAAACUCAUUGAGGAAUCUGUUUCUUGCAUAAUCAAAGCAUUUAAAUGCAGGUUGAAUUGCAGUUCAUAUCAGCAGUGCAUGUUUCCCCAUCAUGAAAUACAUGUGUAUCGUUGUUGUUUUAGGUAACAGGGUUCAUCGUAUUUUGAAAACUGGGACCUGAAAAUCUUAAUAAAGCCUUAUCUUUAAAAAACAAAACAUAUGCAGGUAUCCAGACUUAGUAAUAUUUUUCCCUGACACACCACUUCCGUGUGUUUUCACUGACAUGGAUCUGUGGAAUGCCAAAAUAGAAUGUUUGCUUCUUCUCCAGUCUUUUAUAUGCUUUUGAACAAGUCCAGGUGUCUUUCUGGUUAUAAGGCAGUGUACUCUGGGUUUGUAGUCCAAUGAAUGGCUCGACACCCAUUCAGUCCUAACGUUUUAUUAUACUUCUUUCAAGCAAAACAGGAUUGUUUUAUUUGGCACCAUCAGCAGCAAACAAUCAACAGCUUGUAAUGUCUUUGUGAGUUUAUAAGGAGGCACCAGCACUUUUACAAAGACCUUUGAAUCUUGGAUUGCUUUAUUAAACGGCUCUUGAACAAACACUCCUUAUUCUGGUCCAGCAUGGAAGUCUGUUGAUGGAUUGUGCUUUUUGCAAUUAUUUUUCUCUGCCUCUUGUCAUAAAAUCAGGGAAGCACAAUGCGGAUUUUAUUUUGUUUUCUUUGGAGCUGGUUUCCAGUUCAUUUUCUUACUAUUUGGUAGGGUGUUGGUUUUUUUAGCGAGAAAGGACAAGCAGUGAUGAGUUAAUCUGUAAUUGGUUUGUUCUCAAGGUACUGCAGCCACUCCCAUUGCUUCAACAUUAAGGUUUUUUCCCCUUCGAGAACAAUUACUGUGUUGCUACUAAUAAGUUUCAGCCAAGGAGGGAGUAGAUAACAUUUAUACUGUUGUUGCAUAUAAAACAGAAGAGGUGAGAGAAACACAUUUACUUCAUGGCAAUUUGUCUGAGGAGCUCUCAGCAUAAUAAGAGGUUAGAAUAUGAAUUGGGGGAAAAUAAAAACUCUACUUUGUAACAGUUAUUGAAAUAAUUUUUCGCGCUUUCUUUGGACAACAGAACUGGUGCAUCUUACAGUUGUUGCCACUGUUCACAAUUUAAUCCCGCUCUACAAACUGCUGUGCAUUAGUAUUACCUGGUUCGUGACAUCUCUUUUCCUAAAGAUUUAAUGAAGGUUUAAGUGGCUGGGUUGUCAGAUUUUCAGCCCGUUGCCAAAUCCAGCUCCUGAAAAGGCAGCCAUGAUAUUUAAGUACUUUGUAAAUGUUUCUAUUUUCCUGUUAACCUCUCACUUUUCUUUUUAACCAAAUGCCCAUCUGGUAGCAACAUUCGGUAUAAACAUAGCGUAAUGCAUUUUUGAAGCAACUGUGCCUUCUGUCUCUCUCCCUUAGCAAUCUCCCCCCUCUUCACAUCCCACUUCUUCUGACUUUCCCCUAAUUUCCAUUGCUCAGAAUUGUUAACUCUCUCUUAGCCAUUUUUAAUGGCUCUAUCUUAUUACAAUCAGCUCAUUUAUACCUGCUGCUGUGGUCACUUUAGAAAAGAACAGAAAAGGAAGAGUAUUAAUUCUGAAAAUUGAAGCUUUAGUUACAGCAGAGACAUUAUUAUUUUUUCUUUCGUGACAAUAUUGGUUUCCAUUGAGGCAAAGAUGAGCCUUUUUUAAAAUGCAAAGUGCUAGAAUUCACUAAAAAGGUUAAAACUGAAGUGAGUAAUCUUCGGCACAUAAUAUGCAAUUGUUAAUUUUAGCUCCGUGCGUAGGAGCUGUUAUGACUUGAACAGCCGGCUCUAGCCUUCAUUAGAGGAGAAGCUCACAGUUUUUUGAGACAGGUGGAGCCGGAUCAAGCUGUGAAACUGAUUUGCUUGAAGCUGGUCAUUAGUGUUAGAAAUCUGGUCUCUAUUUUAUCUUUUAAACCCUACCAUGAUUAUACCUAUUAUUAUUGGUAUUUACUUUUUGUCUUCCCUCCCCCUCCCCACCAGGUUGGUGACGAUGAUCUGUCAAACUCUUUAAAGGAACAGCAUGGAGAUUGGCACUCUGAACUGUUAAAUGGGGUCAUGGGACUCACAUUGUCAUUGAUCACUUGUGUGGAUUUAACCAGUGAGGAGCAGCAUCAGCAACUGAUAGAAAAGCGUCAAGAAUUAACACAGCACUGA